CUAAGCCCCGCCUUAGCAACGCCCCUUGCGCUUGCUAUAUCCAAUAUGGCGGCUGCCCGGUUGUCCCGGUGACCGGUCUCCGAGGGAGGGGGGUAGGAUGUUGAAGAGUACCGGCUAUUUCCGGGCUAUUGAGUGCCCGUUCGGGGAAUGCUGCCGCCGGCCGUAUUGCCAUUUCAGACACCGAGGCAGGGGGCUGUGGGGGAGCAGCCCUGGAGAGGCCCGGACUGGGGCGGGUGAGAAACUUUGUUUACAUUUCCGACAUAUUAAACAUGGCGGCGGCCAGUGUGACUGCUGGACCUGGAGACACUGAGUCCUCCAUUAAUGGGGAGAGUGUGGGGUAUGGUGACCUCAGGGCUCUCAGGGACCAGCACCAUGCCAUGUUUGUUUGUUUACAUUUACCUUGUGUGACAUAAUGAGCCCAUUAUUGGUGUGUGUGUGUCUUUAUACAAUUACUGGGUAUGACACAAUGAGCCCAUUAUUGGUGUGUGUAUGUGUGUCUUUAUACAAUUACUGGGUAUGACACAAUGAGCCCAUUAUUGGUGUGUGUGUCUGUCUUUAUACAAUUACUGGGUAUGACACAAUGAGCCCAUUAUUGGUGUGUGUGUCUGUCUUUAUACAAUUACUGGGUAUGACACAAUGAGCCCAUUAUUGGUGUGUGUGUGUCUGUCUUUAUACAAUUACUGGGUAUGACACAAUGAGCCCAUUAUUGGUGUGUGUGUGUGUCUUUAUACAAUUACUGGGUAUGACACAAUGAGCCCAUUAUUGGUGUGUGUGUGUGUGUCUUUAUACAAUUACUGGGUAUGACACAAUGAGCCCAUUAUUGGUGUGUAUGUGUGUCUUUAUGCAAUUACUGGGUAUGACACAAUGAGUCCAUUAUUGGUGUGUGUGUCUUUUUAUACAAUUACUGGGUAUGACACAAUGAGCCCAUUAUUGGUGUGUGUGUGUGUGUCUCUUUAUACAAUUACUGGGUAUGACACAAUGAGCCCAUUAUUGGUGUGUGUGUCUCUUUAUACAAUUACUGGGUAUGACACAAUGAGCCCAUUAUUGGUUGUGUGUGUGUCUUUAUACAAUUACUGGGUAUGACACAAUGAGCCCAUUAUUGGUGUGUGUGUGUGUCUUUAUACAAUUACUGGGUAUGACACAAUGAGUCCAUUAUUGGUGUGUAUGUGUGUCUUUAUACAAUUACUGGGUAUGACACAAUGAGCCCAUUAUUGGUGUGUGUCUUUAUACAAUUACUGGGUAUGACACAAUGAGCCCAUUAUUGGUAUGUGUGUGUGUGUGUCUUUGUACAAUUACUGGGUAUGGCACAAUGAGCCCAUUAUUGGUGUGUGUGUGUGUGUGUGUGUGUGUGUGUGUGUGUGUGUGUGUGUGUGUGUGUGGUGUCGUGUCUUUAUACAAUUACUGGGUAUCAUUGAUAAAUAGGAAUAUGGGGUUCUGCCUUUUAUUUUUUUUAGGUGCCUGUGUGUCUGGGAUUUUGAUUUAUUUUUUUAAAUUAAAUUGUAAUUAAUGUGCCAGCUAACCUGUCAUCACAGCUCCUUGCUGUUGUUUUUGCCUCAGUGUUUUUUUUGUAAGACAUUUUAAAUGGUGCCCAGUUUUGAAUAUCACAUUGGAAAAGGUUCUGCAGGUUUUUUUUUUUUUUUGAGCUUCAUUGUUAAUUAUGUGGCUAUUGCAUAAAAACAGGUUUAUGGUAAUGUGGAGAAGGAAAAAAAAGUUAGAUUUCUGAGGAAAGAAUUAGAAGACGUAUAGAGGUGUUUUUUUACAUUUACAUACUGGAACAUGAGGGGGAAGGUCGUUAUUGAAAAUGACCAUAUACAUCUUCAGUAAGCAGUUGUUGAGCACCCCAUACAGACCUGUGUGUUUUCUCCUCCCCCUAGCGCUCUAAUAGGUACAUGGUUCUAUGAAGUGUUUAUAUCAGGACUUUAACGUAGAAAAGCAGGGUACGUCCUUGCUGCUCAAAAUAAUAGACCAUAAGACAAGUUGGUGCAAUUGGCUGUAUGUUCUAUACAGCAAAAGUAUUAUACUGUGGAUAUUAUUGAUAUUUUAACUUCCAUGUUUCUCAGUUUGGUUAAGGGUCCUAGCCAUUCUAGCAGAACAGCUGGAAGUUCGGUAGUGUGACGGUAAUCUAGCUAAGGGACAGAUUCGGCACUGCAGCCCUGUACUCCUCAAUUGAGAUCUUCAAGCUUGAUAAUCUGUGUUAAAUCAGAUGCUUCUGCUAGGGAAGCAUUAUGGACACGUGAUGCAUGCACAGCAAUUGCCACGACCCUUUAAUCCAUUUCUUCUCUAUGACAAACAUGGAAUCCAGUGCAUUCUCUGGUCCGUCUCUGGCAUCAGUAUAUUUCAUGUUCUGACAUCAAUUAGGUUCAGUAUUUGAAUCUGUUUCAGCAACAACGAUGUUUGUUAGAGGGGGAAAACAUUAGUAGACAAGUGGAAAGGUAGAUUCUUAGAUGUUGUAGAAGAUAAAGUCCCAUAAUACAUUGUCAACCUUUAUCUUGAUUAAAGAUGAAAUGGUCACUCCAAGCUUCAUAACCACUGCAACCCACUGUUUAUGAUGUUAGGAGGUAGACUGGUGUCAUUCCUUGGUAGUUGGGAAUGACAUUUUGCAAUGAUUUACAUCUUUUCUUAUUUGGGGCUCAACUUCUGUAGGUCUGUCAAUCUUGCCACUCAUUUAUUGGCUGAGAGUGCUCAGCAGUCACUCUUGGCCAGUAAAGGAGUGUCAAGAUGAGCAAUUGUGCUGAAUUUUUAUUUAUAUUUUUUUGUACAUUUUUAUUGGUUCUACACAUUGUACAGGAAUAAUAGCAAACCGUAUAAAAAAAGCGUUUCAUCAAGUCCUCUUUAAGUUUACAAAAGGUCAGUGGGUUUAAAAUAUAUAAAUACUUGAAUACAAUGUAAAAUAUAGGGAUUGUCUUGGAAGCUUACAUGCUAGAGGGAGUGGGGUAAUGUGACAAAAAGGUAAGGAUAGUAUUAGACUAGUGACCGUUGCAAGAGAGGAAUCAGUCGGGAGCUAGUUUAAUUGAUACGCUUUUAUGAAGUGUGUUUUUAAUGAUUUUUUUUGAAGGAGUGGUGACUGGGUGAGCUAACGGAGGAGGGAAGCGCGUUUAGACCUAGGACAAAAUGGUGCCCUAAAGUCUAAACAUCCUAUUCACUUGAUAUGGGUACGAGGUCAUUUAUUAAAAUUGGAAUUUUCUAUUUCUAACAAAUUGUCAGUAUGCAGAAUCUCAUUCGAAAAAUGUAUUUAAUAUUUGCAUAUGCCCAUUACAGAAUAAAACGAGGCACCUGAUCAGUGUGAUCAUAUUCUCAUACACUCCUAUAAUCACAGACAAGCACAGCAUCCCCUAUAUCUGUUUUGGGAGAGCUGGAGUGGAUCCUAUUGCUGGGGUUCAGUGGGGCUGCUGGGUUCAGUGUGUUCUUCCUGCACAGCUCCCAUCCUCACUUUGUAGUGAUGCUGAUGCCAGGUGACUUCACAUAUCAGCUGCAGAAACACUAGUGUGCGUUAGGGAACUGUGCAGGAGGAAAUGCCGCUUCAUCCCUCCACCAGUAUAUUCUGCUGUUAUAAUGUCAGAAGGCUGGCGGCGUGCACAUCUGUCCAUUGUGAGGAGUCACUCUGUGAUGCUGCGCCUCUUAAAUUUUUAGAAGAAAAAAAAAUUACAUCUACAGCAGCUGCAGCCCCCAGCUGGGCCCAGCUUCAGUGGCCCACUGGAAAAUUUCAUUUUCUCCUUGUGUGCCGGUCCAGUUCUGGUAUUGAGGAAGGAGAUCCAAGGGGACCCAAAUAGAUAUGUAUCCUUUACAAACAUGACCCAUGGAAAUCCUCCAUCUCUCUAAUGCUCUCCACCUUGUGGAUCCACUCUUCUAUACAGGAAAUGUUAUGUUUUCCAAUAGCAAGCAAUUAAGGCCUUAGCAGUAUUUAGUGAAUGAGGGUGAGUGUGAGCAUAUUUAGAGUUUGCCACUGAUCAUGGGGUGACGUGGCGCAAACCAGCUUCGGGAGUGAGAGACGACCUAACCCUCGUAAUGGUUGGUACAUGGGUGGUUAAAGUUGACUAAUAGGGGCUUACUUUUUCACACAACCGCCAAAUAGGCGCCAUUGUGCCUUGUGCGCCACGGCAGCAUCUGUCUGGAUAGAAGGGAGAAAUACUAUGUAAAAUUUUAUGGAUUUAGAUUACAAUAAUUUAUAGUUGACUAAUUGCAUGUUGGCAUCCAAUGAGGAAAUAUGAGUAACUUUUUUUUCUUCCCAAUCCCCAUCAGUGAGGGAGGACCCCAAUUCUUUGGACCACACAUGCAAUUGAAUGGAUAAUUUCUGAGAAGAUGCCGCUUCUCUCUAAAGUUCUGAGAUGUAACGAGUAACCUAUUUCAGAGCAAAGUAUAACCUUUCAAACUGGUGCAUUGUAAGGUUUAAAGACAUGAGCUGGAAAUAUUGGAAUUGUGCCAUUGCUGAAUGGUGUGAAGUUAGUUCUGUGCACAGAAUUCAUAUUAACCAGCCUGGAACACUAGCUGUGAUAGCAUCCUCUGAUUGUACAGUACCAUGCUAUAUUGUGCCAUAGCUUGCUCCAACUUACUUUAUAGGUGUCUAUGAUUGUCCCUUUAGAUCAGAAAUUAAAUAGAAAUAUAGAGGGAUAUAACUUACAGUACUGUAUUUUGUUACUUAUUUACAAGAUACUGUACUAAUAUAUCGAAUAGACCAAAAAGUAGUAUAGUGUGGAACUAAUUUCAAAAAGUUUUUGACGUUAACACACAGAAGGAUGUAUGGUGAUUCACACAAAAGGAUUAAAGGGGUGCUAUAGGCACCCAGACCACUUCAUCUCUUUAAAGUGGUCUGGGUGCACUGUCCCUCUCCAUCUUAGCCCUGCAAUGUAAAACAUUGUCUCCCAGACAGCCACUAGAGGCGCUUCCUGACUUUUUUCUGGGCGUGAAAUGAUGCUUUGCGUGAGGGCAUCCAGCAUCUUCAUAUCCCUAUAGGAAAGCACUGAUUUAAUGCUUUCCUAUGGGAAAGGCUUAAUGUGCUCGCCGCAAAUGUGCAUUAGCUUCCCCCCUAUUACUGACAUUGGAGGAGACGGAGCAGGACCGAGGGACCUUGGCACUGGAAAAAGGUAAGUGUGUAAAGUUGUGUUUUUUUUUUAUAUAUAUAUAUAUAUAUAUUCAACACCUGAGGGGGAGACAAUAACUUUAUGGUACAUGCACACUAAAGUAUACAGUUUUGUAUUCCUAAUACUCUUGUGUAUUUUUUUUUUUUUUUUAAGGUAUUCUAAUUAUAAAACUACAGACGCAAUUUUGGUUUAAAAGGUGACUGCACUUUGAGGUUACUGUAAGGACCAGCUGGAUGGCCUAGAUCAUCAGAAUAAUCAAUAUAAAAAGUUCAUUAUAACAUAAUCAGAGCUCAAAUCAAUGAUCAAAGGUACUAGUCUAGUACCUUUUGGUCUUACCUCCAGUUUCCCCUGACUACCUCAGCGUAUUUUAUGUUUUAACCCCAUGUCUACCUUCUAGAUUGAUCUAUUGUCUGUAUACAAGGGGACAGUUUCUGUGCUAAAAACAAGCCUUUUUAAAUAAAGCUCACAUACUUAAGUUUUUAAUCUCUACUUUGGAGGUCUUCUAUGGAUAUUUACAGCUGUAACUUGGUAGAGGAGUAGCCUUAUAAGGCUAGUACUUAUUUAAUUUUUGCACUUGAGAUAUGUGUUCUGUGAUCAUACUGUGUAUUUAGUGUGUAUUAUCAUUUCAUUUACUAUAAGAUACUAACAACACUAUUCCAGACUCCACUCAUCCACCUAGUGGUGGAUUAGGUGAAAUUCUUUAACUGUAUAGGGCUAAGCCCUUUGAACAUAACUGGAGUUUCCUACUGGUGAAUAGAUCCUAAGAAGUAAACUUCUUGGGUAUCUUAUUUUGUGCUACUUGUUUGUCUGUGACUGCACAGCAUGGCCUGUAAUGUGUCUGUGACUGCACAGCAUGCAGCAUGGCCUGUAAUGUGUCUGUGACUGCACAGCAUGGCCUGUAAUGUGUCUGUGACUGCACAGCAUGGCCUGUAAUGUGUCUGUGACUGCACAGCAUGGCCUGUAAUGUGUCUGUGACUGCACAGCAUGCAGCAUGGCCUGUAAUGUGUGUCUGUGACUGCACAGCAUGCAGCAUGGCCUGUAAUGUGUGUCUGUGACUGCACAGCAUGCAGCAUGGCCUGUAAUGUGUGUCUGUGAUUGUACGUGUGGGGUUGGGGGGAGGAAGAGUCAUUUUCGGCCAAGGGCAUCCUGAAGUUUCGGUUUUGGCUCUGAAUUUUUUUAUUUUGGUACAUCCCUAGUUUUACACCAAUAUUGGGUAAUAUUGGGUCCCUGUUUGCAUUUCUUCCUUUUCUUGGCUGUCGUAUAUUGUGCGCCGGUCUCUGCAUAUCUUUGGCUGCCGAGCAAGUAACAUGUACAGUAUAUUUGUAAAAAGUAUCCUUUCCCACUACUGUAAAAUGUUCAGAUUUGCAUUCUGAUACUGCCCCUGAGUAACAAAAUUUUGCAUUUAUAGACUUUUGCCUGUUUUUUGAGUUGUAAUGUUUAAAUUACAGACAUCACAGUUGCAGUUUUUGAAUUUCCGAUUUCCACUGAUAAACUGUGAUCAUUUUAACCUUUAACCCCAACUGCACUAUAUCCCAGUCAGUGCCUAAUUUAAAAAAAAAAAAAAAAAAAAAAUUUCUCUUAACUUUCAUAUAGAUAUUAAAAUGUAAUAGUGUAUUUCACAGGCCUUGUGUGUCCUGUUACUUUAGAGAGCCUAGAUCAGUGGUAGUCAACCUUUUUCCACUUACCGCCCACUAAUGCAUCUUUCUUGAUGGAAAAAUUUCCUUACCGCCCACCAGUUUUCGCGCAAGCGCGGAAUAUUUUUUAGAAAGGAGGGUGUUUUAAAAAAUACAUAAAUGAACGUACAUUUAUCUUUUUAUUUCUACUUUAUGCAUGUUUAUAAUGUUUUUAACUUUAUAAAGUUUAAUGAGGAAGCAAUAAAGUAAAUUGAACUUACCUUUACUAGUGAUUAAUGAGAUCCUUGAGGUUGAUGCUGCGAGACUAAAUAUUUGAUAUCUGGUUCGAUUUUCAUAAGGAACAAACGAAGGUCUCCUCUUUCAGUGAUAAUCGGAAGACUUCUUUGUUUGCUCAUAAAAUGAUUUCUCAUCUGUGCGUCAGCUCCCCUCCUCUCCCUCCUCAAUUCCCCUUCCCACCUUUUUCCCCUUUUUUCUAUUUUUUAACCUUCCUUAUAGCAAUGCCCAGUAGGAAGGCUGAGCUAGGUAGCCCACUUACUAUUAUUAGUCAACAACAAUUCUCUCCUUUUCCUUUUCUUUCCUUCUCCUUUUUUACAAGUACUCUACUCCUUCUUUCCUCUAUACUAGAAGUACUCUACUCCUUCUUUCCCCUAUACUAGAAGUACUCUACUCCUUCUUUCUCCUAUUCUACAAGUACUCUGCACCUUCUUUCUUCUAUUCUACAAGUACUCUGCACCUUCUUUCUUCUAUUCUACAAGUACUCUGCUCACAGGCAAACACAUACACACACACACACACACUCACAUUGAAACACAUACACACAAAUAUACACAUACUCACACAUGCACUUACAGACACUCACACAUGCACAGACAGACCCACAGACACACACACACUUACUGACACACACACAUACACUUACAGACAGACACAUACACUUACAGACAGACACAUACACUUACAGACAGACACAUACACUUACAGACACAGACACACACAUACACUUACAGACACAGACACACACAUACACUUACAGACACACACACAUACACUUACAGACACACACACAUACACUUACAGACACACACACAUACACUUAGAGACAAACACAUGUACACACACACACACAUACACUUAGAGACAAACACAUGUACACACAAAUUAUUAAUAUUAAAUAUCCACCCAGCCUCCCUACCUGGAGAGCUGGUGUGGAUCUGUCCCUGGGGUCCAGUGGGGCUUCACUUAGGCGGGCGGCUAAUCAGACGCAGCGAGGGAGCUCUAACCUCUCUGCUCUGCUCCCUCGCGGACUGUCUACGGAUGCCGGGAGCCGGAAUAUGACAUCAUAUUCCGGCUCCCGCGGCAUCAGCAAACAUCGCGCGAGGGAGCAGAGCAGAGAGGUUAGAGCUCCCUCGCCGCGACUGAUUAGAACGCUGCCAUGCCGGGGGGUCCAGAAGGUGGCCUGGCAGGAGGGAGCGCUUCCUCCUGCCGGUCACUGAAGACUUGCGCAUGCAGAGCCGCUCGCGCCCGCCCAAAAGGAGAAAUCCUCUUAAAAAGAGGAUUUAGCCUCAGAAAUCCCUACCGCCCACCUGGAAUCCUAAAACGCCCACUAGUGGGCGGUAGGGACCAGGUUGACGACCCAUGGCCUAGAUUGCUCUUUUGCAGCAUCUCCGGAGUAAAGCCAAUACCCCAUGUUUUGGUUAACUUACAGGGUCAAAUCGGAGACAUGCUCUAAUUUUGACAUGCCUUGUUGAGAUAACGCAUCACCUAUUUCACCACCCUAACUGUGACCCUCUUUCUAACCCUAUAUAACCAACAACAGUAAUGGAUAGCUGUUUAGUGGAUUGGCUCCAAGGCUCAGUGAACACUGUAAGAGCCAAUCACAGUGAUGUUAUUAAGGAGGGGGGUUUCUAAAAGUGCUGCUUUCUCUUGAAAUCAGAAAAAGAACACAGCCAGUUAACCCCUAAGGUGCUUAAGCAAACUGAGGAGAUAUAAUAAUCUGUAGUGCUAAACUACUAGCCAGGUGUACACAUUAAUUGCCACGUUGAUAAGCUUUUUGUUUAUAAUGGACUGUAUUAUUAGUAUAUUUUUUAUUAUUAUUAUUAUAAUUAUUAUAAUUAUUAUUAUUAUUAUUAUUAUUAUUAUUAGACAUCUACAUUCUACUUGUCCUUCCCAAUAGUUUUAUUUUCUCUCUUCCUUUCUUAGAUAAACAGAAUUUAAAUGGGCUCUCAAAACACCAUUCAAGCUACAGCAUGCUGCAUUGUUUAUGAUGCUAGGAAUCCCCUGGCACCAGCUUACUGUUAAUAGUCAUACCUUUCUAAAACGAAGUAUGCUUGAUUUUAUUAGGGGACUUUUUCAUUGAAGAACAUCAAAGGGUUAAAUAUUCUUCACAAGAGGUGUGAGUGGGUGUAUGUGCGCUUAUCUGUAGUUUGCAGUCUCUCCUUGGGCAGUUGGUGUGGUGAUCAAAUGGAGAAGCUUCGUUAUAGAUACUUUUAUUUGAGCCAAGAAGAGGAAGGUAAAAUAUUAAAUUUUAAUAUGUAUGGAGAGACAAACUAUUAUUGUGUGAAUAUGUAGUAUAUUAUUGUUUAUAUAUGUGUAUGUAGCCUCACCAUGUAUAAUGCAGAUUAUAAUACAGUGAAACUGUAACAUUUGCAUUUUUCACAUCUUGUCCUUGUAUAUUGUGUUCUGAAACCUGCUGGGUGGUUUCAGGUCUUUUGCUUGUGCAUAGAACAAUUUUUAAUAUUGGUCCAUCCAUGUACCAAAGUCAUCUCACAUAGUUUAAUGUCAGAAGAAGGUUUAGUGUCUUCGUGUUUAGUGUGGAAAAUGUGGGCUUCUCUCAUGAAAUAUUGCAUUCUAUACCAAAUCAAGGUUUAAAUGAUACAUAAAAAUGAAUGUGUAACUAGCAAGACCACGCAAAAACUAGAUUUUUUUUGAGGUGCAGUCACAAGCUGUCAUUCGUAUUUGCAUGAAUCGCAAUUCGGACGGAAAUAAGCGGAUUUGUCCAAAUUACAAACUGCACAAUUGAAGAAUGAAGUAAGUAAUGGACAAAUCAUGUGAACAUUUUAAUUCGGUUUUGUUCAUUCUUUUAACUAAUUCAUAAAAUUGGUACCCUUAUGUGUUAUUACCAUAUUCAGGGCUUAUAGGGUAUCCUUAAAUAUGGUGAUACCAAAUUAGGGAGCUAUCUAUUAUAUAGAUUAAAGACCACAUUUUCUUAGUUGUUGGGUGGUGGUGGUUGUUGUGUGUGUUUUUUUUUGUUUUGUUUGUUUUUUGUUGUUUUUUUUAGCUACUUGGUAGGUGCCUCCCUUAUUUGGUAUCCUUAUCCUUCUUUUGGAUUGCCAUGUUUAAAAGGACACUAGAUCCUAGUCACCAGAACAACUACAACCGAUUGUAUUUGUUAUGGGGAGUAUAAUCAGUCCCUACAGGCUUUUUGCUGCCUUUUCUGCAAUUUUUACAUUACAUCCUAGGGAUACCUCCACUGGCCACUCCUCAGAUGGCUGCCAGAGGUGCUUCCUGGGGCAGUGCUGCACAGUCUGACUGACAUUCAGUGUCUCCACCCUCUUCAUGGAGACACUGAACUUUACAGAUGCAUUGAUUCAAUGCAUCUCUAUGAUGAGAUGCUUAUUGGCCAGGGCUAUGUUUGGCUUGUGCUGGCUCUGCCCCUGAUCUGCCUCCUUGACAGUCUCAGCCAAUCCAUUGCUUUCCUAUGAGAAAGCAUUGUGAUUGGCUCAGACCAUAACUGAUGAUGUCUGAUGUCAGCCAAGCAGGCAGAGCCAGCAGCAGCAGACUAGAGUAAAGGUAAGAUUUUACUAUAUUUAGGGAGGGCCAGCUGGGCUAGAUGGUGGUUUUAACACUAUAGGGUCAAGAAUAAGUGUUUGUGUUCCUAACCCUCUAGUGUUCCUUUAACCCCUUAAGGACACAUGACAUGUGUGACAUGUCAUGAUUCCCUUUUAUUCCAGAAGCUUGGUCCUUAAGGGGUUAAAGAUGCCAAAAUUGGGAGCUAUUAGCUGAACAAGGCUCCCUCCCUAGUUUUGUAUCCUUAAAUCCACUAAACUGAAAGAUCAAAACCUGGGACCAGGAAGUGAAAAGCUGGAACCUUGUACUGCUCCUUUAUCCUCAUGUGUAGUGAUCCAAAGAAACUGUUUCAGUCCAUAGUAUAUUCACACAAAUUUAUUAAGCAUAAAAAAAGAACCUAUAAAGCACAACACAAUUCAACCAUAGGGUUUCAAAUAACUGCUUCUAUUUUUAAUCCUAUCAAAUAUGGCACCAAACCUGCCCCCUGCAUGGUUGUUGCAAUGACGAAAUCCUGUAUCUCAUGAUGUAAUGGCAAUAUGUAAUAUGCAGUUUUGUCGUCUUCAAUAUGCCACUUUCUGCACUUACACUUAGAGCUUAAGAGGAAGUGCUCCAAGUGCCAUAUAAAACCAAGGCUUACUAACCAAUAUAUACUAAAAGAAGGAAAAGGAACCCCAGUCAAAAAGUAACCCCGUUCCCUCCCACCUAACACAUUCACAUACUUCCCAACUUUAGAGACCAAAUCCCUCUAUCCCUCUUUUCUAUCCUAAUGUCCCUCUGUUGCUGGAACUGUGUGACUUAGGAUUGCCACCUGGCAUGUAUUUUCUGAGCACUAUCAUUAUAUGAGGCAGCCUAGCCGCUACUGGUAUAUCAGAAAAACCUGCAAUACAAUUGCCAGUAUCUUUUGCUAGCAGCAGCAAGCAGGAUCUUUUCUGUUCAUAAAGCAGUCGAGCUGCCUGUGUAUCCCUGCUGUUUCCGAUGCUCCAAGCUCCCCUACCUGACCCUCAACUAGGAGGAGGUGGUUAGGAAUAAGGACAGAACUUUGAUAAUAUUGUAAUAUGUACUGCAGUUAUCACUGUUCUAAUAGCAAGUCACAGCUUAGCCAACAUUCUGAUCCUUUCUUAGGUUUGUCAGUGACAAAGUCCUGAUAUCUGUCUCAGCCUGCAAUGGAUUUAAUGGCGCAUUAGGCUGUUUGUAAUACAGUGUUAUCUGUGAGCUGUGCUCUGGGUAACUCGCAGUAUUUGAUCCCAGCAGAUGCAUUUAGUUAGUCUUUCAGUGCCUGUGAUGGUGAAUCAUCAUGCAGUAUAUAUGUAGAGAGGGGGAUGAUUUUUAAUUGGUACCAGUGAUUAAGGAGUACAAGUAUCAGUUUAAUGUCUGACUACACAGCAUUGGUCCAGUGAUGGCCAAGUGCUGUGGGCUACCAAAUGACUGGUAAAACAGAAUUCACAUUGGCUAGUUUUAACGCUCCAACACUCCAGUUGUAUGUGUGUUUGUGUAUCUCUGUAUGUGGCAGUGAAUGUGCAUGCAUCCUUGCACCCAAACACACUACAUGCAAAUGCGAACACUUCUUUUGACGUUAUGUCUGGUGACAUCACGUCCAGUAACAUCACACAUUUUAUAAAUAAUUAUGCAAAUUAGUAUAUUGUUUUGCCCUUUUAUUUUAGGGAAAAUUGUAAAGUCUUGCCUCGUUUCAUCAACUGUUUUCCUUCUUUCAGAAUAUGAUCCUUAUAGUCCUGACCUCCCAAAGGUGCCUCCCUGUUUUGAUGAUGGUGUGUUGGAGACUGUUCCUGAAUCCAGCCUGGAUAUCUUGGAGCUGGAGAGGGUCAACAAGGCUAUCGAGGCAGUUAAGAGUGAAGUGGAGAGAGAACAACGAAAAUAUGAAAAGUUGUUGGGGACACAGAAGGACUACAGUGUUCCCAAGAGCAAAUCCAAACAUUCUGCCUCCUUCACAUCCCUGGAAUACGAUCCGGGAAAUUACACAAGCAGUGGCACAUACAAUCCCACUCCUUUAGCCCGUGUGAGUAAAGGUAACAAAUACACUCUGGAUGAUUUGGACCGGACUGCAGUCAAGACCAGCUGCUUAGAGUAUGUUCCGACCGCUGUGAUACCCGCUGCUAAAAACAAGACUAAUAAAUAUGUCAUAGAUAACUGCAAGCCUCACACAGAUAUGGAGUAUGAUCCAAUGUCUAACUAUUCGGCCAGGCUUUUAAGCAAGGACAAACCGCAGCAGGGCACCAAAAGGAAUAGACAAAGCAGCCAGGAUGAAGGCUACACUCCUUCUCCCAAAAAAUUAUGCAACAAUGUCUCGGUGGAUGCUAGGUUUUCUGACUCUGAAGAUGAGAAUGAAUCCGUGGUCCAACAGUCUGCAGGCAAAUAUGUUCCUUCCAAAAAGACUGAGAAAGUCUCUGUAUCCACUAAACCAUCCAAGCAUAUUAAUGUAGGAAAGAAAGUCAAGGAGAUAGCUGUGCAGUAUGAUAUGGAAGAUAUUGGAAAACUUGUGAAGAACCACAGCAAAGAGUCAUCAAAGCAUAAGUCCGACAAGUCUAAAAAUGAAAAUAAAACUACGUCGAAAGAGCAACCUAAAAAUAGAGAGUCAGGGUCACGUAGCUUGGCUAAGGAGACCAAGAAGGAGAAGUCCAAAGCUAUAGUCAAAAAUAAAUGUGAAAAUGUUAAGAAUGGAGACAACAUUCAAAGUCACAAAAAUAAGAGCAGUAGGCCUGAUAAAAAGAUUGAAAAACUAAAUUCAGUGAAGGAUCCUAUCAAAGGGUCCUCAAGCAAAAACAAAGAGCAGUUGCAAAAUAAAUGUAAGAAAGAUAAGAUGCAAUCUAAAAAGGAUUCCAAUGACAAAACUGAAAAGGUGAAGAAUGGUCACAUUAAGGAGAAGUCAAGCUCUGAACGGUCUUUAAAAUCAAAAUCAACUGCGCCUAGCGGGGUAAAGGUCAAGUCAAAACAAAGGUCUCUUAGCCAUGUGGAUUUGUUUGGCGAUGAGAGCAGUGAGGAGGAGGCAAAAGUAAAGAAACGUGUCCCACAUAGAGGUAGUUUAGGUUCUGAUGGCGGUGGGCACAGUGAUACUGAAGGGGAGAGUAGUACGAAGGUGGGCAAGCUUGUCUGCCGCAGGGUCUCCUCUUCUUCUGUGGACUCAAUAGAGAUUGAUUACUCUGCUCUAGAGAAAGAAUUGGAUUCUGAUUCUGACCCAAUGGAGGAGUGUCUGAGAGUAUUUAAUGAGUCUCAAGAUGUAAAGACCGAAAACAAAGGCAGGAUGUGGAAACAGGUACUUUUUAAGGGUGGUGUUCCUUCUGCAAAUUCCUGACUAUGCCUGCUUCUGAACAGAUAUACAUGGAGAAAUUUAAAACAAUAUUACACCUUAGAAUUACACUCCCUGUCCCAAAUGUGUAGUAAUCAAGACAUACAUAAUUCAGCUUAACUGGAUGAGAAAUAUACAAAAGUUUUUUUUCAAAACCUUACCACCAAAUUAAAAAAUUUAAUUCUGUGAAAUUGAUUUAAGCUGUAAAAUAACCCGUUAGAAAAACAAUAUAUCCUCCUUGGAUGCAUCAGCAUGAAUCCUUGGAUAUCCUUCCAAUUCGUCAGAACUCCUUUAAUAUAGUACUGCAAAAAAUAAAAAUAAAAGCCUCUAUCUCCACACCCCUGCUGCCGUCAAUGUAAUGCAGACUUUUCUUUUCCACGUUCUAAAAUGUAUCUACCUUUGGACAUUGCAUGCAUAUGAUAUUUAUUGCUUCAGAGUCCACGGUAUUGGAUACUGUCUCAGUGAUUCUUACCGUCUCUUGCAGCCUCAUGAAGACGGCGAGGAGAAAUCUGAACAUGCAAUGACAACUUUGAUUCCAGGCCAAAAGAGAAGAAUUUCUCACGUUAACAGUCCAGCUAAUGUAAGUGUCAAGCUUCUUCAUACUGCAUGUAUGUUGUUUCCGUUCUUUGAUUUACAAUAGUUAACUGACAAAUGAAUGUGAGCGCUUUUUGUCUUUUUUUCAUUUAUACGAAACUUGUAUUCUUUAAAUUAAACAGCAUUGAUACUUCAAAUCCACCCUAAUGUUAUACUUGAUAAGCACACAUAGGGAAAAUUAGUCAUUAAUAGUAUGCAUUGAGACUCCAUUACAUCUCAUCGAAUACUCAGCUAGAGGGUAAGACGGUUUCCAUUUUUUUUCUAAUUUUCAGGGUUUCAUAGAAGGUGUUAAUUGUGGGUAGCUAUUGGUUUGGUCAGCCUGGCCCAUUCCCUUUCCAUAGGUAGCCAGACAAGUUCAGCCAAGUUACACACUACAUGUUAAUUGUUAGGGCCAGUAGUCCAAUUUACUAACUCUGCUUACGAAUGAGCCUUGAUCUGAUUGUUUAGAACAUUUAUAUAUGCUUGGUUAUCCUCAGAAUAUACAGACAUAGCUUUCUUCCAUUAGGCUUAAAGGAUCACUAGAGGGUCAGGAACACAAACAUGUAUUCCCGACCCUAUAGUGUUAACACCACCAUCUAGCCUCCCUGGGCCCCUCAUGCCUCCAUAAAUAUAGCAAAAUCUUACUGUAUUAAAGCCUGAAGCUGUAACUCUGCAUGCUAUUAGACUCAGAAAAACAAGCAGUCUGCUGACAUCAUCAGAAGUAGUGACCUGAUCCAAUCACAGUGCUUCCCCAUAGGAUUGGCUGAGACUGACAAAGAGGCAGAUUAGGGGCAGAGCCAGCAUGAUUCAAACACAGCCCUGGCCAAUCAGCAUGAAUUGAAUCAAUGAAUCUCUAUGAGGAAAGUUUAGGGUCUGCAUGCAGAGGGAGGAGAUACUGAAUGUUUGGAUGCAUUUUAGACAGCCAUCUAAGGAGUGGCCAGUGAAGUUAUCCCUAGGCUGUAAUGUAAAGACUGCAUUUUCUCUGAAAAGACAGUGUUUACAGCAAAAAGCCUGAAGGUAAUGAUUCUACUCACCAGAACAAAUUCAAUAAGCUGUAGUUGUUCUGGUGACUAUAGUGUCCCUUUAAAUUUAAAGAAUGGUUGUGGAGCUAAUGGCCAGGUCACCAGCGACACUAAUGGAAUGUUCUAGCUGGUUGCUCCACUUCUAGAACUUUGCCCCUGAAUUAUUUUAUUAUACAUAACUAGAAAGAGUAGCAGCUGAAUUAUAUAUUAAACGAAGAUCAUUUCAAUUCAUGCUGUAGGUAUUAAGGUUGUAAAGUAAAUAGACACAAACCCACCCCUAUUUAUUUUCUAUGUUUAUUGCCUUUCUGUAGCCCGCUGAGGGAAUACUUGCUGUUUUUAUUAUUUCCCCUCUUUAGUCAUCCUCUUCUAAUAAGCCGGUGAUCCAUCCAUCCCGUCUGCCAACACCCCAGGAGAUAUGUUACCAGCGAAUUCAGCGAGCACAAGAGCAGGCAAUCCAGCUUCUAGCUCAGCAGAAAGAAUUGCUGUUAAGCAAUGCCGCACAAACGUCUUCUCCAACACCACAUAGUCAGAAGAAGAGAAUUGCACAUUUUCCUGGCAUUCGCUCCCCCUCUUUUCCAAUUGUGUCCACAGUUACUGGUAAAACUAUCUCUUGUUACUCAUUAAUUGCUGUAAAUUUGGGUUCUUGUUUAAGAAAGAUUGCAGACACCAAACAGAAAAAGUAUAAUUCUUGACACGUGUAAUAGAAUAUAUCUGUGCAAUCUAACUCUAAACCAUGUGGAAAUCCAACAUCCUUUCAUUUGAACAUGGACAAUAUUACCAGAUCUGUGUUAAAAUUUUGGUACUUGAGAAUUAUUGCAGUUUCUUCUUAUGUCUGCUCUAUCCAUAAUGCCUACGUACAGUAAUUAUAAUUGCCUGGUUUAAACUAGGCACAUGUUGGCGAGGUUGGUCGAAGAGGGGAGAUGGUUGCUUUUGUACUAACUCAUUUCUUGAGAAUAAUUACCUUACUGUGUAAUCAGCACUUUAAAUGUCAAGUUUGGUUAUUGUUUAUGACAGAGGCAAAGACACGUAAAAGUUCAAGCACUGAUGAGACCUCCAACGGUUCAGUACACGGUCUAAAGAAUCGAACACUCACUGGCAUGGCAUCCAAAACUACCACAACAACAGCACAGAAAAGACAAGCACAUGUACCGUCGCUGCAGGUAAUGCUACAAGUUACUACUAAUCAAUUGUAUAUGUGUUUUAUUUCACACAUAGGACACUAAAUCAUUUUCCACGUAAAGGGGACCUGUCACUUUUCUACAAUUUGCACUAUUAAAUGGAAUAUUAAAAGAAAUGUUAACCUUUUUUCAUGAAGAUGUUCUGUUUUUCUUUUAAAUUUAUAUAAAAGUUUUAACAAAUGAAAUUGCAGUCCAGAUCAGACAAUCGAAAGCCAGGGCAAACAUUGCAAAUAAGGAGAAGUACAUAACUUUGUUUAAUUUCUCCUCUUCUCUGUAUGCUUUCUGCCAGACACAAAAGGCAGGGCUUAUGGUUGACAGGGAGCAUAGACGAGCCACCCAGUUGCUGGAUAAGGAGUAUUUUUUUAAAAUAAAUUUUGGGGGUGUGGUGGGAGUGGCAUUUCUGCUUUUAAUUUUUUUCACAAGAAGGGCAUGCCAGAUAAAUUGCAAACUGUAAUAAAAAAUCACUGUCAGAAUUCAUUUUUUUUUUUUUGUAAAUUCAUUUUUUUUUUUUCUUCAUAAGCCAAGGCAUUAUUGUUACAGUACGCAAUAAGGAGCUUUUAACAUACAUUUCAUUUUUUUUUACACCUUAGGAAUACAUAUUUGUUAAAUAUAGGGAUAAGCCAACAUUAUUCAAAUAGCAUCCCUGUGCCAACCCUCCUCCCAUAAGAAAUUAUGACCUAAAUAUAAUCAGUCUUCCCCCCUCACCUCCCCCCACCCCAGUUUAAUAGAAGUCAAAUGGAGUGUUUGAUUUUAAACUUUUAAAGACCCAGUGAAGCAAAAAAAGUUCCUAUUAUACAGAACAGAUGUAUACUAGGAUAGUUUUAGGUGUUUAUUAUUAUUAUUAUUAUUAUUAUUAUUAUUAUCAUCAGUAGUAGUAUUUAUAUAGCACCUACAAAUUCCACAGCAUUGUGCAAUAGGAUUGCAAUGAAGUUGUUUUGGAAGCUGAAGUUCCUGGGCGCUCUCAAUGUUAAACCGUCUUUCAAAUGGUUGGUCCCUGAGCACCUGUCCGGUUUUGUGCCUCCUCUACUUGGGCUGGAGGAGAGCCAGAAGUGAAGCAGUGGGUACAGUGGAUAGGCUGAGAAUGCCAUCUGAUGUUCUCAGCCUAUCACUGGCUGUCCAUUGUUGGUACAUAAUGUAUUGUUAUAUUUAUGAGAAGAUUUGGUCUAGAGAUUUGUCCUCUGUUCUCUAUGAAUGCAUUUAAAAAAUAAAUAAAAAAGUCACUAUCAAGGAAGUAAAUACAGGACAAAAACUGGGUGUAUUGUCAUUGGCUGCAUAGGCUAGUUCAGUCAUUUGAAAUGUAGGACUUUUUUAUUUAUUUUUUUUUUUUUUUGAAGUUUAAGACCUAAUAUUCUGGUUGAGAAAUGAACAGUUCUACCCUCUUUAUUUAUCUAACUUAAGAGUGCCAGUUUGAAGAGACCUGUAAUUCCCACCGAAUUUGGUGCGAAAGUGCCAACCACGGUUCGCCAGCGUUACCUUAACCUCUUCAUUGAUGAAUGCCUAAAGUUCUGCCGGACAGAGCAGGAGGCCUUUGACAAGGUAAGCGCUUCUGUAAGCAAACUUAGAGAUUACAAUUGAGCUGCGGUACUGGUUCAUCAUUAGUUCUCCUAUCCCCACAGGCUCUUGAAGAGGAAAAGAUUGUUUACAACCGGAGCUCCAGCCGUAAUAUUUACCUGAAUGUGGCUGUUAAUACACUGAAGAAACUGAGGACACAGGGACAAGGAUCAAAAGCCACUCCUAUUAGUGAGUGUAGAUUUGUAAGGCAACUUGUUAAACAGCAACAUUACUUGGUGGGAGGGAGUUUACUAAACUGUGAUACAUUUCAGAACAUGGGGUUUUCAUCAAAAUAAACAUCUCAAACAUUUUAUUACAUAGGAAAUAGCAUCUUACAACUGCUUGGUUUGGGAUGUAGGCCAAGGUAUCAUCUACUCAAUGCACAAAGCACCGUAGGCAAGCCUGUUGUAUUUUGUACUCCAGUACUCUAGCAAAAUCUGAACUUCAUGAACUCUCACAAUGUACCUCUGUAAUACAUAUUUGGUUCCAUUUUGGCCUUACAAUAGGUACCAGAUUAGUGGCAUUAGCUUGGGUGAUAAUUUUGCAAAGCAACAGCCAAAUGGAUUCCAUGUCAACCGAAUUUCAGAAUAUCUGGCUGCAACAGAACAUUGGACAUCUGUAUCCAGAUGCAGAAAAUCCAAGCCCCAAUUUUAAAAAUCCAAAUUAUUUGUCUGCCAGCUCUUGUGGGCAAAUAGUAGAAAACUGCACCUCCAGAGUUUUGAGGUGACUGGCCAGGUCUUGCUAGCCAACCGCCCCUCUAAAAGUUAUAGAAGCCUAAAGGUGCCAAUAUGACCCUCCUAUAACUGUCGUAAGGAUUUUAUCCUCCCCCUAACCUCCACCUGACUACAAUCUCUGAACACGCCAGAGUCCCAAAUCAUUUAUACGUGAUGCUUCCCCCCUCCAUUUUUAACUCCGGAUACAAUAUACAUAACUAUUAUCUUUCUUAUUUGCCCUGGAGGAAGAAAUACACCUUUCUAAUUGUGUAAUGACAUUCAUAAAUCAUGUGCUAGUAGUUUUUAUUAAUUUUAAUGAAAGACAUCUGUGUCCUUUAAAUCCUGCAGAAAAUGAGGGCUAAAUGGAAGUGGAGGUUUUUUUUUUUUUCUUUUUUUUUUUUCAUAAUGCAUUAAAAUAACAGGUUACUUCCUUCACUUUUUUUGUUUAACCCCUCAUAUUAGAGAACACAAACAAGAGAGUAAUUUCCCAUGAGUCUAUGCUGGGAGGGAAGGCAGCAGCUAAACUGAGUUUCUCAGUGCAGCGAAACACUGGACAUCAACAGGAGGAACUGACCGGUAAGAGAUCCGUAUAGAUAAUAUAUUUGCACAAAGUUUGUAUUGCCAUAACAAAUCUGAGUUUCAUAGAUGUAAACAAUGCUCAGAUUUCCAUCUUCUUGCUUAGUUUCAUAUUGGAAAGUAUUUAGUGGAUGGAAAUGUAAGGUAGGUACUAUUUAACAUAUCUAUGCAUUGAAUGUAUUGCUUUGGACACUAACACUAGCCUGUGUGUUUUUUUUGUUUUUUUUUGUUUGUUUUUUUUUAAUAUAAUUUUACAGAUGUACUGUAAUGACGUAUUCCUAAAACAUCAGCCUGCACUAAAUACUGUUCUAUUUAAUCAACUGAUCAUCAGAGUUCAGUGACAUGAGAGAGGUUUAUCUCAAGUAAUUAACCCCUUAAGGACACAGCUUCAGAAGCUUGACUUACGCUUAAUGACAGAAGCAAUUUUUGCAUUUUCUUGCUGUUUGCGUUCAACUGCAAUUUGCAUCUCUCUCAUUUAUUGCACCGACACAUAUUAUAUACUGUUUUUUAAAGGACAGAAAGGGCUUUAAUUUGAUAUAACAUAUAUAUAAUAUAUAUAUAUAUAUAUAUAUAUAUAUAUAUAUGCUUACUUAUUAUAAAAAAAAUACAGAAAAAUGCAAAAAAAAUGAAAAAUAUUGUUUUUUUUUUACAGUUUUUGCAAUAAUAAUGUGUGCAUAAUUAGUGCAGGUUAAGGAAAGUAAUUAAAAAUAAAUUUAUUUAUUUGUUCUGAUUUACAGAAUAUAUAAUGUGUCUGGGAUUUUAAGUUUUUUUUUUGGUAGUUACAGGUCACAAAGCACAAGGAGUAAAAUAAACUUUUAAUGUGGAGCGAUUUUAGAAUUUGGUAUGUUUGUCUUGUAAGCUUAAUAGCCAUAAAAGAAAACAAAAUUGCCACACAAAAGUAUAUAUUUAUAUAAAGUAGACAUCACGGGCUAUUUACCUAGGGUUGUUUUGACACUUUCUACGUAGCCAUUUCACCGCCAACCUCUGCUAAAUAUUGGAGUAAAAUUGUGUUCUUUUGGUUUUUGGCACACAAACUUAUAACAGAGAAAUUCUCGUGUAUAUUUUGUAAAGUUGGUGUGUGCUAUUCCUGUACAAAGUUUUAUUUUGUGUUCAGUUACAUCUGCUGAGUAAAAUGACACCCCCAUUGUAUGUCUUUUGCACUAUUUCGUGAAGUUACAGUGCCAUACAGGAUACCUGUCCUUUUCAGUAUUCACAGUAGAAUUUUGAGAGAUGAAUUUAAUGAGCCUUAGCUUCCAUUUGGGGUAUUAUAACAGUUUGACUGUUCAAAAACCCCCCACAAAGGCCUACCAUUUGUAAAAGUAGACACUCCAGGGUAUCUUAUAAGGUGCAUAUUGUGCCUUAACAUGCCCCCAUUUUUUCACCAAUAUAUGCCAAAGUAUGUGGUAAAAAAUAAUUUUGUGCAUUUUUUACAUACGGAUUGCAUUUUUGCUGGGCGUUUUGUAUAUUUCAUAUGUGCCACUAAGUUCAAACCCCCCAAAUUAUGCUCAGCUAAGUCUUCUGAGUAAAAUGACACCCCAUAUGAAUGUCUUUGGCACUAUUUCGUGAAGCUACAGUGCCAUAUAGGAGACCUGUCCUUUACAGUAUUCACAGUAGAAUUUUGAGAGAUGGAUUUAAUGAGCCUUAGCUUCCAUUUGGGGUAUUAUAACAGUUUGACUGUUCAAAAAACCCCCACAAAGGCCUACCAUUUGUAAAAGUAGACACUCCAGGGUAUCUCAUAAGGUGCAUAUUGUGCCUUAACAUACCCCCAUUUUUUCACCAAUAUAUGCCAAAGUAUGUGGUAAAAAAAAUAUUUUGUGCAUUUUUUACAUACGGAUUGCAUUUUUGCUGGGCGUUUUGUAUAUUUCAUAUGUGCCACUAAGUUCAAACCUCCCAAAUUAUGCUUAGCUAAGUCUUUUGAGUAAAAAUACACCCCCAAUGAAUGUCUUUGUCACUAUUUUGUGAAGCUACAGUGCCAUAUAGGAGACCAAGCCAUAUCCGUUUUUACCAAACUUUGAAUUUUGACGCUGGGCCUAUGUGCAAUUUCCAAGCAUCUUCGCAGGUUUUAAAUUCAAACUACCCCACAAAGGCCUACCAUUUCUUAAAGUAGACACCCCAGGGUGUUUCAAAAGGUAUAGUUUGAACCUUAGCGUGGGAUCAUUUUUCCGCUAGCUUGUACCAGAUGUAGUGGUAAUAAGCGUUUUUUCUGCCUUUUUGACAUACAAAGUGAGUUUGCACAGUAUAUUUUGCAAACCUUAUGUGUGCUACGACUGUAUAAUACUUCAUAUGUUGCUCAGCUAUGUCGGCUGAGUACAGCAAUACCCCCGUAUGUACCUUUGCCAGGUAUGUGUGGACAUCGGAGGGGCACAUUUGGGACACAGCCAUUCCAGUUUUUUUCAAACUUUGAAUUUUUAUGCUGUGCCUAUGUCCCAUUUUAGAGUAUUUUACCAGGCUAUAUAAUCCAAAUUCCCCAUAAAGCCAUACCAUUUCUUAAAGAAGACAUCCCAGGGUAUUUCAAAAAGGCAUAUUUUGAACCUUAGUGUGGGAUCAUUUUUCCGCUAGCUUGUACCAAGUGUAGUGGUAAUAAGCAUUUUUUCUGCCUUUUUGACAUACAAAGUGAGUUUGCGCAGCAUAUUUUGCAAACCUUAUGUGUACUAUGACUGUAUAAUACUUCAUAUGUUGCUCAGCUAUGUCGGCUGAGUACAGCAAUACCCCCGUAUGUACCUUUGCCAGGUAUAUGUGGAUGUUGAAGGGGCGCAUUUGAGACGCAGCCAUUCAGUUUUUUCUAACUUUGAAGUUUUACGCUGUGUCCAUGUUCCAAUUUGGAAUAGUUUAGACGGUUGGUUAUUGAAACUUCCCCACAAACACAUACUAUUUAUUAAAGAAUACACCCUGGGGUAAUUCAAAAGGCAUAUUUUGAACCUUGGCGUGGGAUAAUUUUUUCUCUAGUUUGUUCCAGGUGUAGUGGUAAUGAGCGUUUUUAAAAUGUAUUAUUUUACUUUUUAUAACUUUUUUACUUUUAAAAACUAGUUUUUAAACUUUUGUUUUGCUUAUAAAUUUUUUUUAAACUUUCCUAAACUUUCUUAAAACUUUUUUACAGAUUUAACAUUUUUCUAAGCUAUUUUUUUUACUGUUAACCCCUAACUAGCAGUACGCAGCACUAACAGUAAAUUCCCCAUUUUCCCAUAACUCCCACCCACCCCAGCUAGCAAAAUAUAUAGUUAUAAAAUAUUUAAAUUAAUUAAAUAAAUUGAACCCCUGAGGGUUAAAAAAAAAUAAAUAAAAGUUAAUCCACAGGGGUUAAAAAAUUAGAUCACAGUAUAAUACUGUGAUCUCUAUUUGAUCGCUGUAGGCAGUGAUCGACUGGCAGGGAAGGGGUUAAUUUUUAUUUGGACUAGGUAAAGUGUGUUUUUUUGUUUUUAUUACUUAAAUGUUAUUAAAACAUUUUUUUAAGCUUAAUUUUUAAUCAGUCUUCGUUGUUAGUCCUGUACGAUAGCAGCAUGCAUGUUAAUGCUGAGGACCAAGUGACAGGUAGAGCUAGAGAAACCCUCUUGCAGAUAGAUGUCUCUUCCACUCCCACUCACACUACUACUCCCCCAGAGAGCAUUUCUCAAACUUACAGGGAUGUAUAGGAUGCAUUGAUGUCGAUGUGAGCAAGGAAUUCCUUCCCAGACUGCACAAAGUAUGAGUACUCUGAAAACUGGAUUCCAUAAGAAGGCUAGUGGAGUCUUGACAUAGGAGAUUUAAAAGAAAAUUGCAGGGAAUUUAAAAGGUAUGCAUUGUUAUUUAUACAGGAGCUGUCUUAUACACAAAGCUGAAGGAUUACAUCAUGAGCCCAGAACAGCUGCAAGAACACGGGUACCCAAUGGCCCAUCCAGACAAGCCUGGCAAGGCCAUGCUUUUCACUACAGAGGAAAAAAAGACAUCAGAGUGUAAGUUGCAUGAAAUUUGAUUGUAUCUCUAUUAGGACUAUGUGUCAACCUAUUGAUUAAAUCAACCCACAAAGAUACUUAUAUUAAAUACUAGACAGCACUCCCUUUUAUGUCAUGUAACCACUGAGGGUGCACUCCUCCUUUAUUAAGUAUAACGUUUAUCAAAGGCAGAGGGAGGCUCAACAAAUGUGUGGCAUCCUGUUUUGAAAAAGUAUAUAUUUACUGCAAAAGGUGACUUAUUCCUUUUUAAUAAGAGACUGUGUUACAUAGGACAGUACUGGUUUCUUGCAAAAGCGUUGGUAGUACCUGCACUCAAUUCCAGCAGUCACCUGGUGCUCCGGAGCAGGACCAGCAAUCCCACAACGUCAAGGCAAUGAAAGAAAUUCUCCAGGAACGCAAGGUGUUAAGCCACAGGCAGUUUUCAUGAAACAAAAAGAGAGCAGCAAUGUUUCGACCUACUAUUAGGUCUUUGUCAAGCAUGAGAGAGACCUCAUAGGUGAAAACGUUGCUGCUCUUUUUUUUUUUUUGGUUUCAUUAAAACUGCCUGCGGCUUUAACAUCUUGCAUGCCUGGAGAAUUUCUUUCAGUACUAGCCUCUUUUCCUGUACCUUGGAACACCAGAGAGCAAGUCCAUAGAAAGCACAAGCGCAAAGUACACUUGGGGUAUAAAGUCUCUGCAAGAGCUUUACAGAUGUGCUCUGCACAUGGGCUGCCUUGAGUGGGGCUAGUCAGCAUGGCUGUCGGUCAGAGAGAGAUAUAAAUUUUCCUUUAAAAUGACAGGCUGUCUUUCUGGAUGAAACCAUCCAUUUUAUGGUUGGGGUGAAAUCCUUCAACCUACCUGUCCUGAAUUCAUGUGUUAGGAGGUAUGCGCAGCCCUGCCCCCACAUGUUUCCAGCCAAAGAGCAGCCACUGUGACUGCAUCUGGUGGCAAAUAGUUUUUCCUGCUCCUGGGAGUUCAUAUGAGUUCCAGGUCUCCCUGGGUUAAACAAUAGAACAGGGCACUCUCUGCAGGGAGUGUAGAUCUCUGCUAGUCAUGCUCUAGCUCUCACCUAGUACAGGCACUUCAAGGUGCAGUGAGUGUCUCCCAAACAGGCCGCAGAUUUAUAAAGAGAGGAGUCUAAAGCAAAUAUACCUGUUCUCUUCACUUUAUUUAACAUUCAGAUCAUGAUUACAAGUUAAUUUUUACAUUGUGCUAGCCUCAUUUAUUGAAAAUGUGUAGCUAAACAGUUAUAGAGAAAUAUAGACUGUGACCAUGGUAUCUACAAGGAACCACAUUUUGGGUCAUUGUCAGGUACUGGUAGACUUCAUCUGCUGCUGCUCUGACCUUUGCCCAGAGGUCAAAUAACAAGAGGAGGAUUUCAGUUGUAUGUUUUAGGUCUGGCUAGUAAUGUAGGACUUGAUAUUCUGUGCAUUUAUUAAGAUAUAAUUUAUUUUAUUUUAUUAGCAGUGAAUUUAGUGAAAACCAAUGUGAGAUCAGUAUCUAAGGAAAUGUUUGUAAUUGUCAAAUAAAAUCCCAUCCAUUACCAAUGCUAGCAUGUAUGAAUAUAUGUGGCCACAACUGUCCGAGCUGAACUUGGAAUUUCACUGUUUUUGCUUUUGACACUGUCGAUUUUCAUGCCAUGUACAUUCUUAGGCAUGUGGAGUAUCAUUGGAGUGCUACAGUGCAUCUGUCAUGCAAAAAAUAAAAUUUCCUCUGCUUCUAGUCAGUCAUUUCUGCUCCAGAUCUUAACUAGUUAUCUUUUUGAAGCAGAGUUGAAAGCAAACCAGAGUGAAGAAAUGAUUAUCUAUGAGAAUCCUUAAUUCAGCACUGUCCUACAGAUCUGAAGCCCUGUACACAAAGAGCUCUUGAAAACAGAAUCCCUGCUAGAGAUCAAUGCACCAUUCUGCUUCUUCAUAAUAGCAACCUUUAUACAUCAAUGUUAAGCAAAAUAUCACGUAAAGAGUCUCUUGCCAGAGUGCCAGAAAAGUUGCAGCAUAUUUCACCACCUCCAUGUUGCGAAGUGUUGAUGAACAAUAGUUGUGACAGGGCAAAAAUGCAAAUAAGCUUAACACAUGGAAGCGUUAAGUGCAUACUGCAUGCACCAUAACCACUGCAGUGCUGUCUGUCUGAACUGUAUACAUACAUUUGAUAAGCAAGUCUUUAUUCUGAAGUGGUGAGGCAUGGCUAAGGAGGCGGGCUUAUGGUGCAGCAAAAACUGUAAAAAAAAAAAAAAAAGUGAAGACUCAAAGUACAACAUAUUAAAGGUGCCCAAUGUGGGAAAGGAUGUGAUCACUGAAUGCUAAAUGCAGGGAUUGUCAGACCGCUACAAAGUGUAGAAAGUAUUUUCAAGAAGCAAACUCUGCAUCCUUUGCUAAAUGUGAGCUGGAAGAUAUGUUUUAAGGCAGGAGAUGUCUACAUACUUGUGAUGGGGUCACUAUAUGCGCACUUUAAGACUUGUAUUUUUGUGAUAUGCAACUCCCUAAACUAGCCAUCAUGAGUACUAUUGUCGUCUUGUGGUGAUCCAUAUUAUAUAAUCUAUAAAGAAACCCCACAAUGCACAGACCAGUGCACCAAUGAUGUUGUUGACAAAGUUUGACAGGCAGUCUAUGGGAUCAUCAGAGCUAAGGUUAGUGGCCAAAAUUCAUGUAUUUCCAAGAAUGUUCUGUGAAAACAGAGACUGCAGGAUUGACCUGUGUUAUUGCUCCUAGGUGCAGGUUUUUAAGGGUUUUUGUUGUGCAGAUUUUUCCCUGCAAUCUGCACUGUUGUGUGUUUGUUUAUUAUUCUCCCACUUCAUACAUUUUUAUUCUUUCAGCUUUCUCCAGAAUAUGUUGCCGCUGUGGAGCAGAGUAUUUGGUGACACCCAGUGGGAACUGUGUGCGGCGGGAGGAAUGUGUGCAUCAUUGGGGCCGUCUUCGCAGACAAAGAGGUGCAGUCUGGUUAAUUCAAAUGUAUAUCCUCCUUCUGUAUGAGAGCAUUUAUGUAAAUGUACGAAAUUUUAGGUUAAUAAUGCAGGUCUACAGAGUGAAAACUUAAAGCUUGCCUUGUAGCAGUGAGAUCUACAAUGUCGUCUGAGGUAGAGAAAUAUUAGUGAUUGUUGGCAGUGCAGGAAUUUGCAACAUGCCAAAUGGCAUGCUUGGAAUUCUAAUCAGCAGAACGUUGCAGAAUGACACAAUGCCAAUCAUGACAUUUCUUAUCUUCUUGUAGUGCCUGGUGGUUGGGAAACACAUUAUAACUGUUGUUCUGGAGCGGUCGGAUCUACUGGGUGCCAAGUAGCCAAGGUUAGCUUUGCAUUUUGGUCAUGAAUUUUAUAUCCUUCAAAAAAUCGUUAAAAACCCACUUCUUCAUAAAAGUGUAUCAAUUAAACUGUUAAUAGCUCCUGACUGAUUCCUCUUCUGCAACUGUCACUAGUCUAAUACUAUCCUUACCUUUUUGUGUCAUUUUUACCCCACUCCCUCUAGCAUGUAAGCUUAUUGAGCAGGGCCCUCAGCCCCUCUGUUCCUGUGUGUCCAACUUGUCUGGUUACAUCUACAUUUCUGUUCGUCCACCCAUUGUAAAGUGCUGCGGAAUUUGACGGCGCUCUAUAAAUAUAAUAAUAAUAAUUAAUUAUCUAUAUAUGUAAUUACUGAAUACACCAGAAGAUGGCAGCAACAUACUGAACAAUACCUGGACAUUAAAACUUGGUCAAAGUCUGUUUAUCUAGGAUUUGCAAGGUCUACAUUGUAAAAGUGGACAAUAUAUAUAUAUAUAUAUAUAUAUAUAUAUAUAUAUAUAUUAUAUAAUAUAUUCCAGUCUCAGUCCUCCAGGCAUUUUUUGUCAGCCUGCAAGUGGCUGUUACCAAAUAUGUAUGGAAAGGCAAAUAUCUGAAGCUCUCCACAGCUUCAGGCUUACUGAAAUCCAGGGGAAGGCAGGCUCUUCCACAUCUAGCCACUUAUUUAGAGGAACACUCUGUUAAAGGACCACUCUAGGCACCCAGACCACUUCAGCUUAAUGAAGUGGUCUGGGUGCCAGGUCCAGCUAGGGUUAACCCAUUCUUUCAUAAACAUAGCAGUUUCAGAGACCAAACUUCUGGAAUAAAAGGGAAUCAUGACAUGUCACACGUCGUGUCCUUAAGGGGUUAAAUGGUCUUUCUAAAGAUACCAUUAUUUUCAUCAUAUCAAAUAAUUUGCAAUAAAAAAAAUAAUAAAAUAUGAUGAAAAAAAUUUAAAAAACUAAUUAAACACCUAUGCUAAUAAAUAGUUUCUACAUUUUGUCUUGAGUUUAGAAAUACCCAGUGUUAACUGAUAUCUGUCAGGAAUCCCUGAAUGAAAAAAAAAAAAAUAUAUAUAUAUAUAUAUAUAUAUAUAUAUAUAUAUAUAUAUAUAUAUAUAUAUAUAUAUAUAUAUAUAUAUAUAUAUAUAUCUAUAUAUAUAUAUCUAUAUAUAUAUCUAUAUCUCUAUAUCUAUAUAUAUAUAUAUAUAUUCUCUAUCCUAAGGUGUUAAACUUGGGGUAUUUUGACUCUUUUCAUGCAACCAUUUUACCACCAAUCUAUGCCAAAUUGUUUUUUUUUUUUGUUUUUUUUUUUUUAAACCCACACAUAGCAAUUUAAGAAUACAUGUACUGAGCUUUAAGGGUUACUGCCAAAGAACACCCCAAUAUGUGUUCAGCAACAUCUCCUGAGUACAGUGAUACCACCCAUGUAUAGAUGUGUCAGGUUCUCUGGGACCUAAAAGACCUUAUUUGGGGGUUGCGCAUUCCAGUUUUCAAACUUGGAAUAUUCACAGCUGGUCAUCAUGCACCCAUGUCCUAUUUGGGACAUGUAAUUUACCCUCAUCAAACCAUAUGUUUUUGAAAAGUAGACAACCCAUGGUAUUCAAUAUGGGGUAUGUCCAGUCUUUUUUAGUAGCCACUUAGUCACAAACACUGGCCAAAGUUAGCAUUUAUAUUUGUUUGUGUGUUAAAAGUGCAAAAAACAACUAUGAACGCUAACUUUGACCAGUGUUUGUGACUAAGUGGCUACCAAAAAAGACUGGACAUAUCCCACUUGCAAUACCUUGGGUUGUCUUCCUUUGCAAAUGGUAUGCCAUCAUGGGGGCAAUUCUCAUUCCUGGUCUACCAUACCCACUCAAAGGCAACAUGACCAAUCUGGCAUAUUUCAAUGUAAAAAAAAAAGCCUAAUAUAUUUGUAACUUUAAAAAACACCAUAAAACCUAUACAUGUGGAGUACUGUUAUACUCGGGAGACUUCGCUGAACACAAAUAUUAGUGUUUAAAAACAGUAAAACCUAUCACAACGAUUAUAUCAUCAGUGAAAGUGCCGUUGGCUUGUGAAAAAUUCAAAAACAUCACUUUCACUGACUAUCAUUGCUGUGAUAUGUUUUACUGUUUUGAAACCCUAAUAUUUGUGUUCAGCGAAGUCUACCGAGUAAAACCGUACCCCCCUUGUACAGGUUUUAGGUUGUCUUGGAAAGAUACAGGGUUAAAUAUAGUGCUAGCAAAUAAAAUGUUCUGGACUUUCGGUCUAGGUUGUCAGGCAGGUCCCCCAAAUUGCAAUCCAUAAAAUUACUUAAAGGGACACUAUCGUCACCAGAACAACUACAGCUUAUUGAAUUUGUUCUGGUGAGUAGAAUCAUUACCAUCAGGCUUUUUGCUGUAAACACGGUCUUUUCAGAGAAAAUGCAGUGUUUACAUUACAGCCUAGUGAUAACUUCACUGGCCACUCCUCAGAUGGCUGUUAGAGAUCCUUCAUGGGUCAUGGCUUCCUAAAAUGCAUCCAAACAUUCAGUGUGUCCUCUCUCUGCAUGCAGACAUUGAACUUUCCUCAUAGAGAUUCAUUGAUUCAAUUCAUCUCUAUGAGGAGAUGCUGAUUGGCCAGGGCUGUGUUUGAAUCAUGCUGGCUCUGCCCCUGAUCUGCCUCCUUGUCAAUCUCAGCCAAUCCUAUAGGGAAGCACUGUGAUUGGAUCAGGCUACCAUUGGAUGAUGUCAGCAGACUGCUUGUGUUUUUUUUUUUUUUUUGAGGCAAACAGCAUGCAGAAUUACAGCUUCUGGCUUGAAUACAGUAAGAUUUUCCUAUAUUUAUGUAGGCAUGAGGGCCCAGGGGGGCAAGAUGGUGGUGUUAACACUAUAGGGUCAGGAAUACAUGUUUGUGUUCCUGACCCUAUAGGGAUCCUUUAAUUAUGUAAAAAUAUUACAUAAAUAUGCAUGUAGAAUUUAAAUAUAUUUGAAGUCUACAUGUAUAUUUAUGAAAUUAUGUAUAUGGACACAUGUAUAUUUCAUAUUUGAAUUUAUAUAUAGUUUCAUUCUAAAUUUGUAUUUUAAGAUGAAUAUAUAUAUAUUUAUAUUCUCUCUCUCUCUCAAAAUUACAUAUAUAUCUUUUUUAUUUUUUUUAUUUUUUUUUUAUGUUUACAUUUUAUUUUUUUACAAUGUACAUGAGGGAGGGAAGGGGUUAAUUAUUAUUUUUAAAUUUUUUUUUUUAAAUGUUUUUCCUCACAGAGUGCCUCAACCCCUUGAGGCACAGGCAGAGCAUCGGAAGCUUGCCUGAUGGCUUCCGAUGCUCUGCACUACACUGCCAUGCGCCACGUGGAGCAACCCGAAAGUGAUUGCUUCGGGGGAGCGGCCUGGCAGUAAGAGAGGGUUUUGCACAAUGCCUCGACUUCGAAAAACUACAUCUAGCCCCCAUCUAGUGUUUACCGCAAAAAGCCUGAAGGGAAUGAUUCUACUCACCAGAACAAAUACAAUAAGCUUUAGUUGUUCUGGUAAGUGUAGUGUCCCUUUAAUCCAACACUAUGCAGUCUCCUCACUGCAGCUGCUCUUUCUCUUCAGAUGAUCACUUGUAUGAUCUCUGGUCCAUUCCAAUACUUUUCAUUGAGAAAAUACGGCACGUGUGGCAAUCUGCACACUUCACUAGUCAGUGUUUUGGUGGCAUGCUCCGCAUGAUGACACGUGCAGCACUCAGCGGAAUCAUGAAGUGCUUUUGGGGGCUUAAGAAUAUCUUAAAUGUUAAUGUGAACCUUAUAUGUUAAUUAAGUCACAAGAUCAGCAUCAUAAAGUCAAGCUAUCUUUGAGAAAGUGGCAAUCCCUCUGCUCUCACUGUAGGGCAAGAGACUGCUCAGAUCCACAUCUUAAAAAAAUUAAAUGUUGUAUCCAACUUGUGACUACUAGUAAUUUAUUACCACAUAUUACUCCCCACUUCUUCUCUUGUUUUACAACCCUAACUUCUGUGCAGUAUGUGGAUGAGUACAUAUCUCCCCCCCCCCCCUUAUAACCCCCGAAAUGCUUCUUGGCAUUCUAAAUAUCUGCCUUGACACCUUUUCACAGAUGUUUUAGCUCACUUAUUGGUAAACGGUAGAGGUUUUCUAAAAUGUGUGACUUGUAUAAGGCAGAUGUGUGGGCCGCAGACAUAUAUUUGUGGUAUUCCUGUGUGGAUUGUCGGUGUGUGUGUGAAGGUCAGCGUCUGUGUGUGAGAGAGAAUAUGCUUGCUUUUAGAGUGGAAUGUUUCAUUGAAUAUUGUUGGUAGGGAUUUGUGCUGAACAAUGUACUCCUCUUAAAACAAGUUUCUUAUAAAGUACACCAUUUUGUUUCUAAAAUUUUCUGUGCACUUCCUUUCUCUCCUCCAGCAACAUGUACACGACAACCGCAAGGACAGCCUUGAUGGAUUUGUGAAAACAUUUGAAAAGUUGCCAGCUACCGAUGGAAAUGCUGGGGUGUUUGCUCUGGACUGUGAAAUGGUUAGUUUUCUGGGUUACAUGUAAUUUGCAGGCUAGUUUCGACCAAUAACGUGCCUCUUCUUUGCAAAUGUGUGCAUCUGUACCGUUUUAAAUGGAUAGAAACCUAGAAUGUGACGGCAGAUAAGAACCAUUCGGCCCAUCUAGUCUGCACAAUUUUCUAAAUACUUUCAUUAGUCCCUGGCCUUAUCUUAUAGUUAGGAUAGCCUUAUGCCUAUCCCACGCAUGCUUAAACUCCUUUACUGUGUUUACCACUUCAGCUGGAAGGCUAUUCCAUGCAUCCACUACCCACUCAGUAAAGUAAUACUUCCUGAUAUUAUUUUGAAACCUUUGUCCCUUUAAUUUAAGACUGUCCUCUUGUUGUGGUAGUUUUUUUUCUUUUCUUCUUUUAAAUAUAGUCUCCUCCCUUACUGUGUUGAUUCCCUUUAUAUAUUUAAAUGUUUCUAUCAUAUCCAUAAUUCUAUUUUUGAUCUGUACCUUUCUAGUUGAGUAAACUUGAUAAUUGUUACAUCUCUUAUAUUCUGAUCUUUAUCCUCCCUAUAAAUAAUCUUAAUUUAUAUGGAAUGUAUCCUAUAUCAAUACAUAAAAACGAACUAAGUCAGGAGUUUGUUAGGGUAAGGUCAUGUCAUCCCUGGUUGUCAGGAGUCCUUAUAAAAGAUUAUCGUUAAAACUUAACAUUUAAUACUAUAUGCAAAAAAAAAAAAAAAUUAUUCAAACACCCAUCAUACCAAGACUGUCAAAACUUACAGAGUUUGACCAGUAGAGGACAGCAUCGUUCUGCUCCUUUUACCGAACAUAACUGUCAAAACUUCUAGAGCAUUAAGCUCUCAUUUUUCUCCAUUACGUUUUUCCUUUCGAUAUUUGUUUUCUUUGCAUGAAUCUUCAAUGGAUCUACUUUCCAAGAUGGAUUUUCUUAGCUGAUAUAUUAUUUCUUUAUAUCUGUUACUCUUCUGUUGUAGUUUAUGUGGAAACAUUUCAAUUCUGAUUUUAAUUCUGUAAAUAAAUGUGUAACCUGUCCCAAUAGUCCUCCAUUAAUGAGGGCAAAUAUUUACUAGACACGUGCAGACAUUUGUGUUGAGUAAUUUGUCGCAAAAAAUCCUGAAUUUCGCACCUAUCUAACAUUUACCUCUUCCUACUACAGUUUUUUUUUUUUGUAAAAAUAAAAACUUACUAAAUCUUGGGUAUGCUAUAGUAUCUUGUGCGUAUGAUUUAGUAGAUCUUGACCAUGAGUUUUCACGCAUGCACACAGUUUAAUUUGUGGGUAUGAUCUACUAAAUAGGCGCUUCCUAUUAGUAUCUACCUCUCUGCUGCUUUUGGAACCCAGCCCAACAUAAGGGUUGCCAGCCCCUGCCCCUCUCUGCUCUCUCCGUCCUCAUUCUGCUGUUUAUAAUGCAUUGAAUUACAAGGUUGGUGGGUGGGAGCGCCUGCAGCUCUCUGUUGCUAAAGUGGAAGAGCACAGGGAGAGUACAGCCCGUUGUGGCAGAAGGAAGCUAAUAGGAAGUACAAGCCCUGCUGCUCAGUGUUCAGGUCUCUUGUGUGCAUAAUUUAGUAAAUAAUGCCCAAAAGUUAACUAUAUUACAUAGAAACAUAGAAUGUGACGGCAGAUAAGAACCAUUCGGCCCAUCUAGUCUGCCCAAUUUUCUAAAUACUUUCAUUAGUCCCUAACCUUAUCUUAUAGUUAGGAUAGCCUUAUGCCUAUCCCACGCAUGCUUAAACUCCUUUACUGUGUUAACCUCUACCACUUCAGCUGGAAGGCUAUUCCAUGCAUCCACUACCCUCUCAGUAAAGUAAUACUUCCUGAUAUUAUUUUUAAACCUUUGCCCUCUAAUUUAAGACUAUGUCCUCUUGUUGUGGUAGUUUUUCUUCUUUUAAAUAUAGUCUCCUCCUUUACUGUGUUGAUUCCCUUUAUAUAUUUAAGUGUUUCUAUCAUAUCCCCCCUGUCUCGUCUUUCCUCCAAGCUAUACAUGUUAAGAUCCUUUAACCUUUCCUGGUAAGUUUUAUCCCGCAAUCCAUGAACCAGUUUAGUAGCCCUUCUCUGAACCCUCUCUAAGGUAUCAAUAUCCUUCUGAAGAUACGGUCUCCAGUGCUGUGUACAAUACUCCAAGUGAGGUCUCACCAGUGUUCUGUACAAUGGCAUGAGCACUUCCCUCUUUCUACUGCUAAUACCUCUCCCUAUACAACCAAGCAUUCUGCUAGCAUUUCCUGCUGCUCUAUUACAUUGUCUGCCUACCUUUAAGUCAUCAGAAAUAAUCACCCCUAAAUCCCUUUCCUCAUAUGUUGAGCUUAGGACUCUAUCAAAUAUUCUGUACUCUGCCCUUGGGUUUUUACGUCCAAGAUGCAUUAUCUUGCACUUAUCCACAUUAAAUGUCAGUUGCCACAAUUCUGACCAUUUUUCUAGUUUACCUAAAUCAUUUGUCAUUUGGCUUAUCCCUCCUGGAACAUCAACCCUGUUACAUAUCUUAGUAUCAUCAGCAAAAAGACAUACCUUACCAUCAAGACCUUCUGCAAUAUCACUAAUAAAAAUAUUAAAGAGAAUGGGUCCAAGUACAGAUCCCUGAGGUACCCCACUGGUGACAAGUCCAAGCUUCGAAUAUAUUCCAUUAACUACAACCCUCUGUUGCCUGUCACUCAGCCACUGUCUUACCCAUUCAACAAUAUUGGAAUCCAAACUUAAAGAUUGCAGUUUAUUGAUAAGCCUUCUAUGUGCAACAGUGUCAAAAGCCUUACUGAAAUCUAGGUAAGCAAUGUCUACUGCACCACCCUGGUCUAUAAUUUUAGUUACCCAAUCAAAAAAAUCAAUAAGAUUAGUUUGGCAUGAUCUCCCUGAAGUAAACCCAUGUUGUCUCUGAUCUUGAAAUCCAUGUGUUUUUAGAUGUUCAACAAUCCUAUCCUUUAACAUGGUUUCCAUCACUUUCCCCACUACUGAAGUAAGGCUUACUGGCCUAUAGUUGCCCGACUCCUCCCUAUUACCUUUCUUGUAAAUGGGCACAACAUUCGCUAACUUCCAAUCUUCUGGGACUACUCCUGUUAACAAUGAUUGGUUAAAUAAAUCUGUUAAUGGUUUUGCUAGUACACCACUAAGCUCUUUUAAUAGCUUUGGGUGUAUUCCAUCAGGUCCCAUUGACUUAUUUGUCUUUACUUUUGACAGUUGAAAUAGAACCUCUUCCUCUGUAAACUCACGUGUAAUAAAUGACUCAUUUAUCCUUUUUCUCAACUGAGGUCCCUUUCCUUCAUUUUCAUCUGUAAAUACAGAACAAAAAUAUUCAUUGAGGCAGUCAGCCUGACCUUUAUCCUCUUCUACAUACCUUCCUUCUUUUGUUUUUAAUCUAACUAAUCCUUGUUUUACUUUUCUUUUCUCAUUUAUGUAUCUAAAAAAUGUUUUAUCCCCCUUUUUUACUGACUGUGCUAUUUUCUCUUCUGUGUGUGAUUUGGAAGCUCUUAUAACUUGCUUAGCCUCUUUCUGCCUAAUCUUAUAGAUCAUUUUGUCUUCCUCACUCUGGUUUUUUUUAUAAUUCCUAAAUGCUAACUUUUUGUUUUUAACUAUUUUGGCCACAUCUGCGGAGUACCACAGUGGUUUCUUGAAUUUUUUGCUUUUACUGACAAGCCUAAUGCAAUUUUCUGUUGCCUUCAAUAGUGCAACUUUUAAAUAAUCCCAUUUCUCUUGGACUCCAUUUAAAUUGCUCCAGUCUGAUAAUGACUCCUCUACCCAUAUUCUAAUUUUAGAAAAGUCUGUUUUUCUAAAGUCUAAAACUUUUGUUUUUGUGUGGUGUGACUCAGUCACUGUUCUUAUAUUAAACCACACUGACUGAUGAUCACUGGAUCCUAAACUUUCACCUACAGUAAUAUCUGAUACCAAAUCUCCAUUUGUUAACACUAAAUCUAGUAUGGCCUCUUUUCGAGUUGGCUCCUCAACAACUUGUUUUAGAGACAAUCCCAGUAGGGAGUUUAGAAUAUGUGUGCUCCUGGCACAAGUAGCUAAUUUUGUUUUCCAAUUUACAUCAGGAAGAUUAAAGUCACCCAUGAUGAUAACUUCCCCUUCAUUGUCAUUUUAGCUAUUUCCUCAACUAGUAGAUUAUCUAACUCUUCAAUUUGUCCUGGGGGCCUAUAAAUCACACCUACACGAGUUACUGUGUGAUUACCAAAUUCUAACGUAGCCCAAACGGACUCUAUGUUUGCCUCACUAACUUUUAUUAGGCUAGAUUUUAUGCUAUCCUUCACAUACAAGGCCACCCCUCCCCCUUUCUUGCCUUCCCUAUCUUUCCUAUAUAAAGAGUACCCUGGUAUUGCUAUGUCCCAGUCAUUUUUCUCAUUGUACCAUGUCUCAGUAACAGCGACUAAAUCUACACUAUCAGUUGCCAUUAUUGCCACAAGUUCAUGGAUCUUAUUCCCUAAACUGCGAGCAUUUGUAGACAUGACUCUAAGCUUAUCAUUUUUUAACACACUUGCUACAGGCACCUUCUGUCCUUGUUUUGGGGACAAUUGGAUUGAUGUUUUAUCACCCUUUUGCCCCCCCCUCCUAGUUUAAAUACAUCCUAGCAAAACCUCUGAACUGCUCACUGAGAACAUUUGUUCCCUUUUGAGAAAGAUGCAAACCAUCUUUUUUGUACAGCUUAUUUCCAUUCCAAACAGAGCUACCAUGAGAAAUAAAGCCAAAUCCUUGCUCCCGACACCAUUCACCAAGCCACAAAUUAAAGUCCCUAAUACGCAUCCGCCUGUCGUUCUGAGUGUUAUGCACAGGCAGAACUUCAGAGAAUGACAGUGUGGAAGCAACCUGCCGUAUAUCAUUGGCAAAAACACUAAAAACUUCCUUAACCUCUGAAACCUCAUUGCAAGCCAAGUCAUUUGUCCCUAGAUGGACAAGUACAUCCAAUUCCCCUUCCUGCUUUGCUUGCUUAACAAUAUUACAGAUACGUCUCCUGUCUCUGUGAGCAGUAGCUCCGGGAAGACACCUCACAAGACCACCAUUGUCCAUCUCCACACCUCUUAUGAUGGAAUCCCCCAACAACAACUGCUUUCUAUUAGGCCUCACCAUAGUCUCCAAGCCGGUCUCCACAACACCACUAGCCUCAGUGCCUCUCUCCACAACACCAUUACACUCUGAAAGUGCAGAAAAUGAAUUCUGAAGAGCAACAGACUGUGCAAAAUGCCUUUUAUCCACAACUCUAAGUCUACCAGAUCCUACAGUAAUCCAUCUGCCUUUCCUAGUAUGUCUCUGCGGCAGUGGCUUUGCAGCAGUUCCAGUCUGAGUUUCUUCACCAGAUAAUUUACAAAUCUCAGACUUCAAAAAUACAAUCUCCUGCCGCAAGAUAGAGAACUGUCUACAGAUUAGACAACAACCAAACCUCCAAAAAGUGGAACGUGAAACAAAUGCAUAGCAAUUGUUACACUGAACUAAGCCUGCCAUUCCAAUUAGGAGAAUAAUUUAAAUCUAACAAAUCUUAAUUUUGUAUUUAUCCUCUUGAAUACCUCAGAUUACCUCCAGUUUCUCUCCAGAAUAUCUCCAACUACACACUUAGAAACAGCACUUAGAAGUAGCACCAAGCUAUAUUAUACAAGCUAAUGACACCAAGCCUUAUAGAACUCCUAAAAUCACCACCCACUAGGAAUGUUUAACACCUGGGUAGGCCUCUGCUUAUUUGCAAACAAGUUCAUGUGCACACGCGAACUCUCAUAGGCAUGAUCUACUAAAUUGUGCACAUGAUUUAAACAAAACAUUCACCCUGUCACCUCCUAAACACUCUAGUUACCUCACCCGAAUCUACCUCUUCUUUCUGCAGUACACUCACUAAGCUAAUAUUGAAGGUUAUUUUUAUUCCUUACACCAGUGCCCAUUGCAUAGCUUGACUUACAUUUUAUGUUCUUUUCAUGUAGAAGUAGACUGUUGGAAUCCAUGAACAUUUUAUGGCUAUUACAGAACAUAUUUACAAUAAAAGAAGAUUGCUAACCAUCCUGACAGUAUUGGGUAGACCAUUUUGUAUCUUUGACAUUGAAUAGUAUUAUGAUUGAAAGAAGUCUGUGCUUAAUUAUUUUACAUACAGUUUGUUGGCAGGGGCAUUUACUUAAUGAUUAGAGUUUUGAAUUCUAAAAACUAAUCCAUUAUUUUGUCUUGUUUUCAGUGUUACACCACACAUGGAUUGGAACUAACACGUGUCACGGUGAUUAAUUCAGAGCGUAAGGUUGUGUAUGACACUUUUGUGCUGCCAGACAACAGAAUUGUGGACUAUAACACCAGGUAAAUGUUAGAAUAAAAUAGGUGAAAACGUGUUUGCUAUGUUCUCAAGCCACACUCACACCGUAUACAGUAGAUAAAUAAUUGCUGGAUAGACUGUCAUUACCAUAGUAAUUAUAAUACAAAGAAUGUUGUGUGAAGUUCAAGACAAAGAAAUGGAGUCCCUUGGUGCUAUCCUUCCAUGCCACAUUAAACCAUUUAAAUGUUUGAAUACUAAAUAAGAGUCCCCCGCAACCUAUCCUCUCUAUGCUGCUUGGGUUAAUGAGGAAGCAUUAGCCUGAGCAGCAAUGCAUGGCUGGGAUGGGUUAAUACGGUUAGGUGACACUGUCAGCCAAUCACAGUGCCAUUGCAGGUAUGAAUGGGUAUGGCUACAUACAAGUGUGUAAUGCCUGCUUUAGCCACAUCUCCACUGGAGUCGGGGCUAUGGAAACCCAGGGACCAUCAAACUGAUUGAAAAUAGUUUAACGCUGAAUUGAAGCACAGUACCAGUAAGUGUACAAUAACUAAUACCGUAAGAUUAAAUUAUUUAGAAGUGUGGUCAAUUUAGCUGCAAUCUGAUCAGAAUUCUCCAAAUGUGUAUGACACCCCUUUUAAGAAGCAAAUCACAUGAUGAUCAACAUUGGAAAGUUGAAUGUUGGCAAAGGGCUAUCUAUACAGGAGUUAUAUUUUAGAAGCUUCCAGGCAUCUGACAUUUCUAGUCUAGGUAGAACAAUAAAAUUUAAUUUUAAUUUUUUUUUUUUUUUUUUAAGGCAUGGUAACUUAUUUAAUUCUAGUGGUUUGUCAUAUUUCUUUCUGUGUUGCUUUGGAGUUUGGUUAAUGUUAUGUUUUCUGCUGGGAGACUGCCUGUUUAGUGCCAGCAUUGAGGCGAAUGCCGUUAUUGCACUUGACGUCCAUACUUGUGUUCUCUUUGUCAUUUAGGUUUUCUGGUGUGACAGAAGAUGAUAUGCAGAAUACUACGAUCACUCUGCGAGAUGUUCAGGCUGUUCUCCUUUCUAUGUUCAGUUCUGAUACAAUUUUGAUUGGACACAGCUUGGAAAGCGACUUUUUUGCAUUAAAGGUAGGAUGCCUUGCUCUUUUAUUAUAAUAUAUAUAUAUAUAUAAAAAAAUUUUUAUUUUUUUUUGUACUCUAUGCAACCUCUUGUGGUAUAACUUCACAGCAAGACAAAUAUAUAUACACUGAUCAAAAAAAUAAAGGGAACACAAAAAUAACACAUCCUAGAUCUAAAUGAAUUAAAUUUUCUUCUAAAAAUACUUUUGUUCUUUACAUAGUUGAAUGUGCUGACAACAAAAUCACACAAAAAUUAAAAAAUGGAAAUCAAAUUUUGUGGAAAAACACACUACAGGCUGAUCCAACUUUUAUGUAAUGUCCUUAAAACAAGUCAAAAUGAGGCUCAGUAGUGUGUGGCCUCCACGUGCCUGUAUGACCUCCCUACAACGCCUGUGCUUGCUCCUGAUGAGGUGGCGGAUGGUCUCCUGAGGGAUCUCCUCCCAUACCUGGACUAAAGCAUCUGCCAACUCCUGGACAGUCUGUGGUGCAACGUGACAUUGGUGGAUGGAGCAAGACAUGAUGUGCUCUAUUGGAUUAAGGUCUGGGGAAUGGGCGGGCCAGUCCAUCACAUCAAUGCCUUCAUCUUGCAGGAACUUCUGACACACUCCAGCCACAUGAGGUCUAGCAUUGUCUUGCAUUAGAAGGAACCCAGUGCCAACCGCACCAGCAUAUGGUAUCACAAGGGGUCUGAGGAUCUCAUCUCGGUACCUAAUGGCAGUCUGGUGAGCACAUGGCUGUGCGGCCCCCCAAAGAAAUGCCACCCCACACCAUUACUGACCCACUGUCAAACCGGUCAUGCUGGAGGAUGUUGCAGGCAGCAGAACGUUCUCCAUGGCGUCUCCAGACUCUCACGUCUGUCACGUGCUCAGUGUGAACCUGCUUUCAUCUGUAAAGAGCACAGGGCACCAGUGUCGAAUUUGCCAAUCUUGGUGUUCUCUGGCAAAUGCCAAACGUCCUGCAUGGUGUUGGGCUGUAAGCACAACCCCCACCUGUGGAUGUCGGGCCCUCAUACCAACCUGAUGGAGUCUGUUUCUGACCGUUUGAGCAGACACAUGCACAUUUGUGGCCUGCUGUAGGUCAUUUUGCAGGGCUCUGGCAGUGAUCCUCCUGUUCCUCCUUGCACAAAGGCGGAGGUAGCGGUCCUGUUGCUGCGUUGUUGCCCUCCUACGGCCUCCUCCAUGUCUCCUGCUGUACUGGCCUGUCUACUGGUAGCGCCUCCAUGCUCUGGACACUAUGCUGACAGACACUGCAAACCACCUUGCCACAGCUCGUAUUGAUGUGCUAUCCUGGAUGAGCUGCACUACCUGAGCCACUUGUGUGGGUUGUAGACUCAGUCUCAUGCUACCACUAGAGUGAAAGCACCACCAGCAUUCAAAAGUGACUAAAACAUCAGCCAGGAAGAAUAGGAACUGAGAAGUGGUCUGUAGUCGCCAUCUGCACAACCACUCCUUUAUUGGGGGUGUCUUGCUAAUUGCCUAUAAUUUCCACCUGUUGUCUAUCCCAUUUGCACAACAGCAUGUGAAAUCGAUAGUCACUCAGUGUUGCUUCCUAAGUGGACAGUUUGAUUUCACAGAAGUGUGAUUGACUUGGAGUUACAUUGUGUUGUUUAAGUGUUCCCUUUAUAUUUUUGAGCAGUGUAUUUAGAAAAUCCAAUAUAUAAAUAUGUUUGAAACCACAAUCUAGAUCUUUUUGUAUAUUAUUUAAUUAUUUUACGUACAUUGAGGUUUGGGUUAAAUUCAUAUCACAGCAGCCAAAGAGCUUUGCAUUAGCAUAAGAGUUGAUUUGACAUAUUGUCAUUAAAAGUACCUCUCCAUAUUGCAAUAUGUGAAAACUGAUUGGCAGUUGGGUUAUUAAAGGAGCCACGCUGGCACCAUUAUCUAUGCUUCAUUCACUCAUUGUUUUCAUAAUGUAGUGAUAUGCAAAACACCCUGCAGCUAUAAACCUAUCAAUUCACCCAGAUGUCCCAGGGGAAGGCUUAUGCUUCCCCAUCCCAGUACAUGUGUGGGAUGCUACAUCUAGGUGCAAGCUAUUAAAGUCUCUGCCUACUCAAACACAGUCCUGCACAGCUUACUGUGAAUGAGGAAUGGUAAUACGUAUGAACAGUUGUACUGUUGCAUUUAUAGCCUUAUUCACAAACCUGUGAAGGGAAUGGUCAAUAAGGAUUUGCACACCUCAUCAGAUGAACAAAACUCAACGAAGUACAUCUUUGAUUUGUAACAGUUACAUAGCUGAAAAGAGACUUGCGCCCAUCAAGUUCAGCCUUCCUCACAGGAUUCCGCAGUGCCAGGAAAAUGGGUUUGUUUUCAUGGCCCUUUAAACUAUAUUCCCAAUGAAUACAUACAUGAAAAUAUGCAUGUAUGUAUUCAUUGGGAGUAUAUCUACUAAACUGUGUUUUUGUUUUGGUGGGGUUGGAUGUGUGGAGUGGCCCUUUAAGGCUUUCCUAUGUACACAUCCUUAUGCCAGAACAUAUUUUAUUCAGAAUCUUUCCUUCUACUUUUAGUUCUUUUGUCUUGCAUCAAUAAACUUGAUCUCCAGCGAUUUUAAAUCUUGGGUAGUCCCCAGGUACAGCUUGUAUAUACUAACAGGUGGAAACACCUACUCCUUGUUAGCUUGACCACGGAAAUGCCCAAGAGGCAACCAAAAAUUGCAAACACACAGACAGUGGUAAGAAAUCUCUGGUGGGAAUACAUGCAAAACUGACAGAUGCUGCAAUGCCUGCCUGAGAUCCCUUAUGACUACAUGCUUGCUGUUGAAAAGAAAUAAACAUUGCUCAUUGAAACCACAAACAAAACUUAUGAUACUUUUUGAAAAGACGGUGUUGAACCAUGAAAUUUGAGUUAGAAGCCCAACUACAACAUAUUCCGUUGGGGUGUUUCUGCCUGGUACUGGAUACACUAGCACCAUGUUAUGUGAUACCUAAAAGAGUGAUUUGGGAGAACCUAAAGGGACAAUCCACUGCCCAAACACAAAAUACAUUUUAAAAAAUCACUGUUUAGUAGAUAUACCCCAAAUGGUAACAUGCAAGCAUUUAAUUAUAUCGUUUUUAAUUAGGGUUAUAUCUAAAAACCUCUUGCAGAACCUGUAUUUUUUUUGAAGCCCUCCCCUUCUAACCCUGCCUAGACUUACUGUGGCUGUCCAAUCACAGACUUCUCAAGGCAGGUGCUCUGGGCAAUUGCUGCCUCUUGAGUUAAUUUCUACUGGGCUAAACAAAUCAGGAAGUAACAGAACCUGUAGUCUGCUUGAAAGUCAGGGGGAUGUAACCAAGUUAAUUUAUUAAUGUAAAUUUCUAUUAAAAUUUGCACUUUUUGCAAAAUGGGGGGGGAUAUAAGGACACAGUCUUCACAUAUAAAGCUGGUCAGCAAGCGAAAGUACUUUCGGGGUUGGAGUGUCCCUUUAAGAUGUCAUAGAUUGCUAACCAAUGUGUGCAAUAUGUCCCCAGAAAGCUUACAGAUGUUUCAUACAACACUCCAACCUCUAAAGCAGGGGUGCCCUGAUGUUUUAAAACUACAGCUUCCAUGAUGCUUUGUCACGCUAAAGGUAUGCAAAGCAUCAUGGGAGUUGAAGUUCUACAAUAUUUGGGGAUCUACCUUUUUGGCACCACUGCUCUAAAGCAACUAGCUGAAGUAUUCAAGGGGUUAAUUGCAUGCCAGAACUUGGUGUGUUUUUUUUUGUUUUGUUUUUUAAAUAAAUCCUUAGUUGCGCCUCUCGGCUAUUAUCCUAGAGGGUUUAUUCCCUUACCCAUUUUGAACAAUAUAUCAAAGCUGACGUGGGUGCUUGUCAUAGAGAAGCACUAGUUUUGACGCUUUUCUUUAAGAAGUAUAGUUGUUGGAUCUCUGCAGUUACUCUGCAUACAUCCCAAUGCCAAUGAGAUUGUGUGUGGGAAGCUGUAUUUUUGCAUUGUCUGUCCAUCCUCCCCACAUGUUGCAGAUCAUUGUAAACUCUUCCAGUCUUUCAAUGCAAAGUAACAUAAAGGUUGUAUAUGAAUACAAAUGCAUAGAUACAUAUAUGUUCUAUAGGUGUGAUUUUUAUUUAUUUAUUUAAAGGCAAAAAUACUAAUAUUUUGAGUGUUAAUUAAGGAACUCCAGCAAAGAAACUGGCUGCUGUACAACUGUCUGUUUAGUAUGUAAUUUGUAUGAGAGGCACAGCUUCAGCCUUUUGUUUUCUGCAUUUAGAUGACCUAGAGUAGCAGGGAAUCUAACAUUCGCUAAAAUGAUCAUUAUUUCCUGGGGAGAUUUUGCUCCAUUUUUAUUAAGCACCAAAACUGCUUUGUGUCACUCCUUUGGUCACAUUUCAGAAAUAAUUUAAAUAAAUGAAUGAUAUGGCUGUUACUAGACUAAGCUCCCUGAGUAGUCUAGCCUAUUAUAUUAGACCAGGUGUAUACUACCUAGUCCUCAGGUUUCAUACAACUUUUAAUUAGAAUUGCAUUAGGACAUUAUCCUGUGUCAGGUGGUCACGUUUGCUAUAAGGUGAUCAAGUCAACUUGAUCAAUAAUGUUUCUGGUGGACCAGCAUUUUGUUUCAAUUUGCACUAAUGUGCUCUAGUGACGGCUGAGCAGAAAAAGGGUUUGUCUAUGGAGGCAUCAAAAAAACAGAGAUGAACAGCUUUGAUGAAAAGUACCCUCAACCUAUCCCUAAGAAAUAUUACUCCAAAUCAUUGCUAUAACAUGCAGGGAAAACUUUAAAUGCUUCAACAGCCAGCCAGCAUUCCUUGUAAAUAGGCUAUUUUAUAGGGGGGUGGGGGGAGAGAUCACAAGUAGAGCUGUGAAAAACAGAAUAUAAAGGGUAAGGUUCACUGUUUCACUACUUUUAGUAAACAUUAGGAUUAUUCACGAAGCGAGAAUUCAAAAUGAAUUUCAAAUUUGAGGCCAAUGUCUCCAUACUGGAAGCAUAGCUGACUUAGAGAAUGUUUUUAAUUUGUCCAUUUUUACCUUAAAUUUGAAUUUCACAACAAAUUCACUUUGAAUUCUCUCUUUAGCGAAUAACCUGGUCUAUGAACCAUCUUUGUUCCAGAAAGCAUGAAUGUCAAUGUUUGCAAAAAAAGUAAACCAAGUAUACUCUUCCUAUUAGUAAUUAAAUAAUACUCCACAAUUAUAAUCUGCCCUUUGCUACUUCUUUACUGAUGUUUUGUGUGUAUUUUUUAUUUGUUUGUGUUUUUCCCUGUCCUACUGUACAGCUUAUCCAUCCAACAGUUGUGGACACUGCCAUAGUCUUCCCUCACCGUUUGGGCCUACCGUACAAGCGAGCUUUGCGUUCAUUAAUGGCUGAUCACUUGAAACGAAUUAUCCAGGACAGUGGUAAGAAUGGGAAUAGUUUUUCACUUUUACAAAGUUAUAUGAACCAAAGCUAGAUGAGAGUAUGCAAAAGGCAUACAAUUAGCAUUUUGCAAAGUACCUACCAUAUAUACUCCAGUAUAAGUCUAGUUUUUCAGCACAUUAUUUGUGCUGAAAAACCCCCACUCGACUUAUACUCGAGUCAGUGUCUGUAUUAUGGCAACUUACAUUGUCAUAAUACAGACCAGGACCGCCAGGCUCAUUACAAACCCGGCAGUCCUGUUGGGGGCUGGCAGAGAGCUGUUACUUACCUUUCCUGCAGCUCCUGUCAGCUCCCUUCUCCUGCGCUCCGGUCAGCUCCCUUCUCCUCCACUGUAAGACUCGCGGUGUGACUGCCGCGCGGAGCGUUGCCACGGUAAACCGUGGCAAUGCUCUGACCCCGUGGCUCUCGCGAGACUUACAGUGGAGCUGACCGGACCAGAGGAGAAGGGAGCUGCAGGAAAGGUAAGUAACAGCUCUCUGCCAGCCCCCCUCCUACACAGCCCAUCCACUGGACCACCAGGGAAUGAGAGCCCCCCUCCCUGGCCAGCUAACAAGCAGGGAGGGGGGACGAAAAUAAAAUUAAAUAAAAAAAAAAAAAUUCAAUAAAAAAAUUAAAUAUUAAAAUUAAAAAAAGUAAAUAAUACUAAAAUAAAUUAAAAUAUUAAAAUUAAAAAAAAUUACAAAUAAUAAAAUGCCCACCCCCACCCAGUUCACACACUCACACAAACACACACUCAUACAAACACAGGCUCUGCAUUAUAUACACACACUCAUACAAAAACACACACACACUCUGCAUUCACACAAACACACACACUCUGCAUUAUAUAAUGCAGAGUGUGUGUUUGUAUGAGUGUGUUCAUAUAUAAUGCAGUGUGUUUGUAUGAGUGUGUGCGUAUAAUGCAGAUUGUUUGUGUGUGUGUGUGUGUGUGUGUGUAUGUGUGUGUGUAUGUGUGUGUGUAUGAGUGUGUGUAUGAGUGUGUGUAUGAGUGUGUGUAUGAGUGUGUGUAUGAGUGUGUAUGUGUGUGUGUGUAAUGCAGAGUGUGUGUGUGUAUGUAAUGCGGUGUGUGUGUAAUGCGGUGUGUGUGUGUGUGUGUGUGUGUGUGUGUGUGUGUGUGUGUGUAAUGCAGUGUGUGUGUGUGUGUGUAAUGCAGUGUGUGUGUGUGUGUGUGUAAUGGUGUGUGUGUGUGUGUAAUGCAGUGUGUGUGUGUGUGUGUGUGUGUGUAAUGCAGUGUGUGUGUGUGUGUAAUGCAGUGUGUGUGUGUGUGUGUGUGUAAUGCAGGCAGUGUGUGUGUGUGUAAUGCAGUGUGUAUGUGUGUAUAAUGCAGAGUGUUUUUGUGUGUGUAUAUAAUUAUAAAAAUCACAGAAUUUCAUAGCCCCAAGUUUUACCCUCGACUUAUCCACGUGGCAUAGCAUAUUUCACAAUUGUUGGUCACAAAACUGCACUCGACUUGUACAUGAGAUCGACUUAUACACGAGUAUAUACGGUAUAUGCAUUUACAGAUUAAUCCCUUCACUACCAAACACUUUUUGAUUGAAGAAACAUUAGCAUAACCUUUAAUUCGAAGCAAGGGAUGCAUAGCUAGCAUAUAAACCAUAAUGCAGCAACUUUGCGUAUAGGUUAUUUGGCAGACCUGGCAUAAAAAUAAAAAAUAUGGUAAUUUACUAAAUUUGUAUUUUUUACUUAUUUGUUCACCUUUUAUAAAAAUAUUAGGGAAAUGAAAAGCUUUAUACCGUAUACAGUGUCUAGCAAUAUUUCAUAGUCUGAAAUUUUACUAUAAAACAAAAAUGCUAUUUUUCUCACAUACAGUAGGUGUGACAAAAAUAUAUAAAUAAAAAGGUAAAAAAACCUAGCCUGCAGGUAUUUGUAAGACCAUGAAAAUAUUACUAGUAGUGUUUCUUACAAAAAAUUGCAACAGGAUGUAAAAAAUGUCUUUGGGCACAAUUCCCGCGUACAGUUAAAUCCUAUAUUUUAAAAAAUAAAAGGUAUCUUUAGCAAUCUCUGAACAGCUAAUGUAAUGCUGACAGUGAAAUGGUAGUCAAUUCACUCCUUCCCACACCCUGACUGUAAGAAUGCUACCACCUGGGGUUGAAAUAUUUUCAGCUACUUUACAUUCACUAUAUCGGGGCUAGCAGCUUCUUGUGAAGAUAUUGUGUCCUCUACAGGCUUGUAAUCAGAACUAGAGUAAUGAGGGUGAGUGAGGCUUUAUGGACUAGAUUUUAUACUGCAAAGUACAUAAAUAUUAAAAUGUUUAUAAUAAACACUUUAUCCUGCGUCUGGACGUCUCCAUCCUGGCUCCUUGUUAGUUGUUAUAAGCUCUGUCCAUUCCUUCUGACAGUCAGAAUAGAUAAAGCAAACCGAGAAAAGAAGAAUUGAAGUACUGGGAGGAGAAUAAGUGUUUCAAAAAUGUAAAAGAGGAGGAGUCACAAUGUCUCACACUUUUAGAGACUUUUUUUUUUUUUUUUAAGUAACCAAACACUUUGAUUUGUGCACAUUCCUUGAGGUAUUCUGGUAGUGUGUGUAUAAUCCUUAGUAUAGCUGAUUUGGAAAGGUGAAUUGAUAAUUUAAAAUGCUGCAUUGAAGAAUUAAGCUAAGCUUAAUUUAGACACUCUUUAGCCAUUUGUAGUGGUUAUGGUGCCAGCAGACUACUUGCACCAUCCCUAGUUCUGUUAUAGUUUGCUAUUAAAAGGUUUAAUACAUGGUAUGUCAGCUGGUGCUCCAACGCCAUCCAGUUUAGAUAAAAACUGAAAUUGCUAGCUAUCCCAGUACUCCUGCCACCAUAAUCACUAGAACUGGCUGUGGAAUAUCCAUCUAAGUUCAGUGAAAAUAUUUCAUCACAUAGUUUUGGCAGUUUAUUUAUUACAAACCAUUAGUAGAGAUGUAUUGAUUUUUUUUUUUUUUUUUUUUUUUUUUUUUUUUUUUUUUUUUUUUUAGAAUAUAGCAAAGAAAGUUACUGGCUGGUGUGUGAUGUGUUUUAAAUUUUUUUUUAAGUAAUAUUACCAUUUCAAUCCCUUUCUGAGAUUGUUCUCUGUAUUCCAGUGGAGGGUCACGACUCGAGUGAAGAUGCCUGCUCUUGCAUGGAACUAAUGAUAUGGAAGAUAAAAGAAGAUGCCAAAGUGAAGCGGUGACCCAGCAUUCUCAAACCAUUAGAGACUUUUCUCCUGAAAGAGGGAGGAUUGCAUUCCUUUCAAACUGGACAGAGUUUCAACACAUGCAGUAUAUUGGUUUCAUGACAGUGUUUUGCUCAGGGUCAUCGUCCCAUACCUUCAAUUUACUGCUAAGAGGGAAAAUCAUUUCACAAUGCAAUUAUACUUGUUUCUCCUUUAAACCAAACGUGAGUGGGAAGUAUGAGAAAGAUGUGUGAUUCGCCCUCCUUUCUCCUCCCCUUCUAGAAAGCAAUAUGUAGGGAAAACAAAGCUAUGACACCUUAAGCCUUAAUUUGGAAAACUAAAAUCAUGGUAAAACAAAUUUGUGUUUGUGUUAGGUAAAAUAUGAUUUAGCCCACUAGCACUGGAGCAGAAAGCCAACAUAUGGCAGUCAUUAGUGUUAAACACCACCUUAUAAGACACCUUUUUUCUAUUUUUGUUUGUAUAUUAUUUAUUUGUAUAUUACACUUUUUUAUAUGGUCCCAGCACCAUAGUGCACCUUAGUUUAGCAUACUAAAUAAUAGAAAAGGUUUAAACCACCUUUCUAUCCCUACCCCCUUUAUCUGCCUGUGGAUUCAGUAUCAAUUGGUUGUUGGCAAGUAAUGGCCUGUUGUGAUGUUCUUUGCUGCACCAAUGUAGUAGUAUCAUUGCCUGGGCACAUAACUUUCCACUUUUGGUACCUAUCACAUUCAUGCCAUCCAAUUUGCCUUAUUUCUGAUUGUGUCUCUUCCUCCAUUCUCAGCUUGGCAUAAGUUUCCACUUUUAACCUCCUUGUUGUAAAAUAAUGGCAUUGAGAUAAAAGUGGACCCACCCGGUCUACAUCCAGUAGUACUAACGUACACUUAACUGUUGUUUCCAGAUAGGUUGAAUUGGAAAGAUUGCAGCUGUAAGAACGUGUGUGUGUGUGUGUGUGUGUGUGUGUCUCACUGCAAAAGUGUCAAUCUCUUGUGUCGCUGGUUCAACGAUAAAGGUGGCUUUUUAUUGUCUGCUGCAGAGGGAACAUUGCAACAGUAAUUAAAAUAAUUUGUAAAAAUUGUUUUGUAACUAUUUAACAAGUGUUUUUUUGUUAUUUUUGAAUAAUAGCUGCUCUGUAAAAUACACCACCGUCAAGAUAAAGAAAAUCAAUUUUGUUAAUAAUAAAGUGAAACAUUCUAGUUUUGUCAUUCGGCAUACAUGUUUUUCGACAUUUGCCUCUCUCUGUUUAGAGAAUGUCCUUCUUAGGGCACCCAUGGCUAAUCUUGGUUCCGCCACUUAUCUCUAAGCAUCAAGGGUAAUGCAUUGCCAGGGUUGAAUAAGUAUGCCUUGUCUUCAAUUCACUUCUGCUUUACUCAUUCGUUCUUGGAUGCCCUUUAGUUUUUCGAUCAAAUCUCCUAUGGACUCCUAUUUGAACAGUGCUAUACUUUAGCACUCCAAGGUUAAGAUAUGUUAAACUUGUGAUGCAUCUCUAACAUAAACUUUUAGUAUGACUAUAUGGCAUUAAUAAAUGAUGAUGAUAACCUCAUAUUGCCAGAUACUAUACAAAGACUAUUAUUUCACAACAGAUGUCAAAGUGUCUACUAAUACUACCAAGUAUUCUUCUACAUAGACACUCACUCCUUAUAACUGUAUAAUACAGCUGACAUGCUCACCCCUUUACAAUGAAUUUAACUGAGCACCGCUGGAGUAUUCAGAAAAAUGUCAAAUUAAUACAGUGUAAUAGGUUAGAAAAUAGACAAGUUGAUAAUUUUUAUUGUACAAAAACUGACGCUUUUUUUUUUUUUGUAUUUUUUUUUUUAAAU